AUUAAGUCCAUCUAUUAUUAGAGGUCAUGUAUUUUAUUUUUUCAUGUCAGCUUUGGAUACAGACGGCUCUGCAGUGAGAACAGGGGGAAAAAAGAACUGGUUAUUCCAGUCUUCACUCUGAUCCCCAUCAGCAACAGCUGCAAAAUCAUCAGCAAACAGGCGGAUCACUGCCUCUGUCUGAUCUCACGCUGCAAAUAGCAACAUCACCAUCAUCGUGAUGAGUAGCUGGUAGUAGGAAGAGCCUCCUCCUCCUCCUCUUCCAGGGCACCUCUGGGCCUCACACAGGGACUGCUGUGCCCUUCACAUCCCUCACUUCAUCACAUCUCUCUACACAGAGGAAAACUAUACACCUUGACAAGGAGGAAGUGGAAAUAGGAGGGAGGAGGGAAGAAGAAAGAAAAAGAGGCGGGGUGGGGGGAACCAGGGCCCUGGCUGGGGUGUGGAAAAAAAAAAAAGGAAGGAUCCCGAUUGACAAAAAAGAUAGGAUUGCCGGGGUCCAGGCUGGAGCUGGGAGGUGAGUGAGUGUUUUCCCCUGAGUAUGCCUCGUUCAAUACUACGUCACGGAGAACAAUGCCUGGCUGCUGAGGCAGGCUAAAUAGAGUAUGUUUACUGGAGUGCCUUCAUCAUGGGAAGAGGGCCGGGGGGAUUUACUGCGGGGAAGGGGGAAUCCUGCAUGCUGGCUAAAUAGGAGUGUACCUGGGGUAAGUGUGUGAAGGUGAGCGCUCACCUGUCUGGAGAAUUCAGGGAUUCUAUUGUUAGAACUCACUGUAUCUGGAAUGAUUAGGAAUCUGUCUCUGCUAUGGGAUUGUGUGGGCAUGGCUUCUUCAAAGGAUGCCUGUAAACCAAAUGUGCCCCUUAUUACAAUACUGCUGUCUGGUCAUUUUAUGUAGAUAUGGAUUGCUAUAUAUAUAUAUAUAUAUAUAUAUAUAUAUAUAUAUAUAUAUUUAGUGUGUGUGUGUGUGUGUGUGAUCGAUCAUCAAUGUGCAUGUCUAGUUUAUACAUGAACUCAUGGAUUUGAUUUUUGUCUUUGAUAGUGAAAGAAACACCAUCAAUUAAAUGUGUAGUUAUAUAUCUUCUGCGGUUUAUAAUUGUUCAAAUAUAGUAUUUUUAUUUUUCUACACAGGUUAGUUUGCUACACUGCAUACAUUUUAAUGUCAAGUGAAAUGGCAUAUAACUGUAAGUUUCUGUGUAUGAAAACGUGCCUGUGUGUAUGUAUUAAAUCUAACACCUGAAUGGUGGUUGUUGUUAUUAUUAUUAUUAUUUAUAUAGCAUCAACAUAUUCCACAGCGCAUUAUGAAAAAUGAAAUUCCACCCGUUGGCUGUUAAAAUAUUAUUAAAACAUUAGCAAUAUUGUGAUGCUAGGAUAGAACAAUUUAUUACAGAGACCAAAAAUGGUCAACUCCCUGUCCCAUGUGAGUGUUAAACGUUUAAAUAUUAGUCAUGUAAAAACUUGUUUACCACUUAAUAUAUGGGAUGGGAUGUGGGAAUGGUACUUGCUAUGGUUUGUAUAGAACUUAUAUUUUGCAACUCAAAUGUUAUCAUGUAUAAUAGUACUGUACUUAUUUUAUGUAUGCUUGGUCUUAUACAUGUUAUCUGUAUUAUCCUUUUUAUAUAACAAAUGGGUAAGGAUGUAUUUAAAUACUUACCUGCUUCUAAAAGUUAAAAGCAGAGGCCUGUUAUUCUCUAGUAAUGGGGUGUGGUUCGGCUUUUUUUGGUUUAGAGCCUCUCCUUCCCAUCACUUUAUCUGUUCUAUCUAUAUUGCAUAACUUGUCCUAUAGACAAGAUUUUGAGUUGUGGGCUAUAUCCUCAAGAAAGCAUUUGUAACUCUGAAAAAAAUAUAAUUUACAGUUCUAAAGAAUUUGGAAAGGGCUUCCUGUUAAACACUGAUACCCUGGCAAGAUCAAUUCACCCUCUAAUUUCAUGACUUGUUUUAUUAAGGAAUUCAUUUUAACCCAUUCUUCAGGUUUCUAAUAAACCUGGUUAAAAAAAAAUAAAACAUAGGAGGCACACUGCAUAGGUGAUGGUAAUAUCCCUAACAUUUGAUUGAUGUGGCCUUUAUCAGAAUCUGCUACUAAAGAAUGGCCUUCAUUCUUAUCUAAAGUAUGUGACCUUCAUGUGUUAGUGCUGCAGCUGAAUAUUAUUAGUAGCAAUGAUAUCUGUUCUCUAAUGAUCAUUUCUUCUCAGCUUGUAGUUUUACAUUGCACUCUAAAUUGAUGUGCAUUAAUGUAUAUAUUUCAUUUUGAUAUGGCAAUUGUUUUUUUUUGUUUAAAUGUGAUUAGUUUUUUUUUUUUAAUGCUUAAUUUUAUUUAGAACCUCACAAUUUUGCUGCAUUUUCUGAAGCGAUUUAUAUAGGACAGGAUAAAUGAGCAUCUGUGCGUCAUGAAAGAGGAGGGGAAAAAAACGAACAGGCAAAUGCCAAUAAGCAUUAAGUUGCAUUGUUUACUUUCUAGGCUUGAAGUAGAUAGUGCUGCAUUUUCUUUGUGUGUUUUUUUUUUUUUUGUCAAAAGAAGUUCAAGAAUAAAGAUAAGGUGUCAUUCUCAAGAACAGAGCAUGGAUGGUUGGAAAUACCUGUAACUGGAACAGAUAAAAUCAGGCCUACAUAAUGUCAUAUUUUGGUGUAUGACAUACUGUAAAAUAAAUCUUCACCCCCCCCCCCAUUUUUAUUUUUUAAAUGCAGUAUUUUGUUUCUGUAGGUUCCCAGUUAUUUUAGCAGAGUUUUAAAGGAACACUCCAUGCACCAUAGCUGCUACAGGCCGGUGGAAUAGUUAUGGUGCCAGGAGUGCCCUGUUGCCCUUACAGUGCAAUUUAUGAAACCUUUUGACUUGUUACCUGGAUGACACUGGUUGCCCUUGCCUGCAGCUACUGCUUUCUGAGCUCAGCAGGACCAUGCAUGGCCGCACUCGCUGGCUGAGAGCAUCAGCUCAGUGCUCUCAGCCAAUGAGCAUGGCCCUGGAUCAGCCAGGCUUAGUUCAAUAAAGAUAUCUGGUUUCUACUGCAGGGGAAAACUGACACAUUAUAGUCACCAUAGGGUUCCAUGUACAGUUCUAAAAUAGUUUUGACAAAUUGCAAUACAAGGGUUCUUGGGGACUCCUCAUGCCAUAGCCACUACAGAAGGAUCUAUAGAUUAAUGGGCUUGGAGUCUUCCUUUAAAACACUGGAGUGCCACUUUUUGUGUGAUGCACUUUAACUCGCUGCUGGUUAAUAUUGUAGUUGUAAAAAAACAACUGAGGAACACAAAUUGAGCUGUUGUAGAUCAGCUCUAUCUUAAAGUGUGCCUUUUAUGCAAAUUUUAAUUAUGGCCAAAUCCCCCCAAAUACAUUGAACACAUCGUAUGUCAGAUACAUGGUGCAUGCAUUCAGUGUAAAAUAUUGAGAAUAGCUCACCUUACCGUGUUCUAGCUCCGCCAUGUUCUCUUCGUGUACCACCAAUCCGCCCCUGCAUUCUGCCUUCUUUGAUUUGCCAUUUCCCCAAGCAGGGGAAGCUUCCUCCAUGAUACUGACUCGCUGGCUUCAUCUCAACAGAGGAAGGUCAGUGCCAAAGAUUUGACUGAGAAAUGAGUGUAGAACCCAUUUUUAAACAGGUUUUUCUUCCAAAUUAUAUAUUUGUUAGCAUGAUGUAGAUAGACUUUUUUUUUUUAAUGCUUUUUCAAGAGAGCGUAGGUUAAAAUAGCGAUGACGGGUAUCCUUUAAUGUAGGACAUCCAACAUUUCAUGUACACUAGGGAGCAAUGCAGUGCUGGGAAAUGCUAGAGUUUAAUAACCCAUAAAAACAUAUUGGAUUUUUUUUUUUUGUACAUUACAUAUGAUGGGAAUGGCUGGAACACAAAAAGAACUGAAAUGGAGCAUGGAUCAUUAUUUUUAAAGACAUCUCGCAGCAGGUUAUUAACUAAAAUGUGAAUUGUCAGAAAAUCUAAGCAAAUUUCUGGUUUCAGGUCAAAGUAGCCAAACUGGAAAAAUUCCAUACAAUUCUCACUUUAAUAAGUAACACAGCAAGAAUAGUUGGACAUUUUAAAUUACAGCACAUAGCCGUUUAUCCAAGUCAGGUAAGCUUUAAGUACAACUACUUUGGCUUUAAGUUUGACAUUCACUUUAGUAAAUAAACCUUGCUUAAAGGGAACCUGCCAUGAAAAAAAUCAACUUAACGGAAACCAUAGUGUCAGGAUACAAAAAUGUAUUCCUGACACUAUAGCUCUGAUAGCACCUUUUUGGUUGCUGGUCCCUCCCUCCCAGUGGUAAAAAAGUGUUUUAAUCGACUUUAGCCUGCACUGCCUGGGUCUUGAUGCUGCUGGCCCUGACCCUGCUCUGCAUUCUCCAAAACAUUGAUGUGUUGAAUCAGUGCAUAUCUAUGGGGUAGUUCAGCCUCCUGCCCAGGAAGCACGUCCAGUUGCCAUCUGAAUGAUGUUACUUGACAGUGAUGUAAACAUUUCUCUGAAAAGUUAGUCUUUACAUUGAACAAUUUGCAGGGACAGGCAGUAGACACCAGAACUACAUGAAGUUGUAGUUGUUCUGGUGACUAUAGUGUCCCUUUAUAAAUACUUUUAAAAGAACUUGAAAUUUCAUGUAUAGAUUUGGAAACAAAUCGGUUUAAAAAAGGAGUUAUCUCCAAUCAGACUCUGAAUUCCUCAGAAGACACUUGAGGAAUUGAGCCAGGGAGAGCAGAAGGGACCUCCCAAGUGAGGUCCCCCUCCUCUCCACAUCUAGCAAACAGAGCACAUGCGCUGAAGUUUCUAUGGGGACUCCUUACCAGUGCCUCUAGUGCCUCGGGAGUAUAGGUAUGAAGUGACGUAAUGUCACUCUAUUUAGAGACGGCAUGCUGGCAACAAAGCCAACUCAUUGAGGAGAUUUGAGGCAAUGAUCCUAAGCAGGGCAAAUCAAUGAAGUCCAGAGGAGGAGCGUGGGCAGACCAAAAUGUAACACCCAGGAGAUUGCAGCGGAGGGCCAGGUAGCAGCCAACAUUUUGGAAAUUCUUGUAUCUGCAACAGACAGUGGAUUAAGAUUGGGUUAACCAUUUUGAUAGUCUUAAUGCAGGUCAAUGAGAAUGCUCUGCAAAUUAUAAUUUUUUAUUUUAUUUUUUUUUAUGUUUUCUUCCUGUUUAUUAGAGUACAGAUGAUUUUUACAUGCACUUUUGCUGGUUGAUAAGCAACAUGCUAUGAUAAACAAAUGACUCAUGGGUUGCUAGCUGAAAUCCCAUUGGUGUCAACUAGAAAGUUUCUGGUACUGGAUUUAGACUGUCAUGACAUCACAACUGGAAACUUUUUAGUGGGCACGGUCUUAUAUUUACACAACUCAACACAAUCAUUUCCCAAAUUAAAAAUGUAUGGUUUAGCACGUUGUUGUUGAUAUUUUUAAACAUGACUUGGUAAGUUCAAGAUUUUUACAUAUUUGUGUAUUUAUGUCUGCAUUUUUUUUGUGAAGGAGAAAAGUUUUCCAUUGACUUAUGCAUAUUUUAAAGGAACUCUCAAAGCAACAUAACCACUACAGUGCACCUUCAAUGUAAGUAGCCAAGUCAUUUUUAGGUCCUCUCGUUCAUUUGCCUCCAUUACAGCCUUCAGCGAGCCAGAAACUCCGGCGGGCAAUCAUUUCGUUUCUGCAACUCUGCAGAAGUCAAAUGCUUGGCACCUUGCGCCUACCCAGAUAAGAGGGCAAACCAAUGGAGUUUGAGUUUUUUUUUUUGUUUUUUUUUUUAAAGAUAUUUUGUUUAACCACUUCCUUUAGUUAAAUAUUUAAUUCACUAGAUAAUUCACCUUGUAGUAAUGUCUUCAUUAUCUAUGCAUUAGUAGUUUUAUCUAACAAAGUCAGCUCUGAUAUAGCUGUUAAACUAAUCUGAAAACCUAGUAUUCUAAAUAUAAAAUUAACAACCAACAUUUUUUUUUUUUUUUUAAUUUAUUUAUUUUUAUCAUGAUUUAAAUAAAGUCUUAUUGACUUGUGAUUUCAGUUAACUUGAUUUGAAUCCAAUCCAUUCUGGUAUGGAGUCAGUGCAAAUUGUGAUCUGCUUUUGUUCCUUCCCAUAUGCAAGACAAACAUUCCCCAUUGUCCUACAACAGUACUUUUAUUACAGGAAUAAACAGCCUGAAGGUUUACAAAAAUGAAUUGUUUUUCAAUGCUCUCUUUUUAGUGGCCUCCCAGCCCUGCAAUAUGUAAAUCAUAAAGACACAUGCAAUAAAGCAUAUACUAUUUUCAUUUCCUCCCAUUGGCAGCAUCUUAUUAAAGGCACCCAGAGCGCUUAAUUUCAAUAAAGUGGUCUGGUUGCAGUGCACCUGCUGUUUUAAUGCUGCAAUGUAAAAGCAUUGUCUUUGUAAAAACGGUGAUGUUUUCAUUGCAGGGUUAAACAUACCUCUAAUGGCUGUCAUUCUUCCUAAUAAACCACUAGUCGCUUUCCAUGUAAGACCAGUCUUGGAACAAUUGCUGCUCAUACAGAGCAUUUGAUUGGCACAAUGCAAUGAGCUAGGUAGAUCCACACAUUGACUAUGCGAGUCGGCUGAGAGCACUGUGCAUGAGGGCAUCCAGCGUCACUCGAAACCCCGUAGGAAGGCCUUGUCUAAUGCGAGCCCGGCCAUAGCUGCACAUGCGCAUUAGUUCUCCUCUACCAGCUGAUGUCCAUGGGGGAGGAGCAAAGCCGGACCCCAAGCAAGUGCCAAGAGACAUCGGUACUGGACUCGGGUAAAUGACAGGGGGGUUUUCCUGGCACUAUAGUGUUUCUUAAAUAAUGUUCUGUUUAUUUGUGUGUGUGUGUGUGUGUGUGUGUGUGUGUGUGUGUGUGUGUGUGUGUGUGUGUGUGUGUGUGUGUAUAUAUAUCUAUAUCUAUCUAUAUCUCUCCAGCGAACCAACGUUUCAGUCCCAGUUCUGGACUUUCCUCAGGGUCAAAUAACAGGACAACAAACAAGACAUGCAUAGAAUGACAAUAUAUAGCUGUGGUAACAAUUAAGACAAACUCACCCAGUUGCUGUAUACCGAUGGCGGCUAUCACAGUGUGUACUUCCAGGUAUGCGCGCGCGCACACAUUACUGCUCUCCGCCCUUUGACGUGCACAUGAUGCGUGCCGUUCUGCUAGCCGGCGAUAUGUGUGUAGUAUCCUAGCAACCGCGGACGUCUGAAUUCGGCGACCAUGAGAAUAGGAUACAUACUUUAACAUAAAAAAAAAAAAAAGGUGGUGAAAUAUAAAUGAAGGUUCUAUUAGAACAUAUCAAUAGUGCAAGUGAAUAGAGUAGAUGUGAUAGAACAGACAUAAUGCCUGUUUAAUACUAAGUGACAGUGAAGUCAUAUAGUGUAUCAUUAAAGAGACAAGCAGAUCUAAAUAGCAAGAUGGAAUUUAAAGGCUAUAUAAAGUGAUUAAAGUGUAAUGCCAUACAGACAUAUAAACCCCUCUAGACAUAACAUAAAACAUCUACAUGUUAAUAAGUAGCUCUAGACAUAUAUAUUGCUAUGAGCUACCAGUUCUACAAUAUUCACAUAUACCAUAAGUAAAACCAAAACAAUACAAGCUAAUUGGGUCAGAUAAAUGGAUAAUAUACUUUCAUUGAGCCCUUUGGGUGCCACUGUACCUAACUGGUAAAUCCAAAAAGCUUCUUUCUGGAGUAACAUUCUGCCUCUGUUACCACCCCUUUUACGGAAAGGAAUGUGGUCUAUACCCACAAACUUGAGGGAGGAUAAUGGGUGCCCCAUCUGCAGGAAGUGUUUGGCCACAGGCUUAUCGGAUUGCCCAUCUCUGUAGGCUAACCUAAUACUGGAGCGAUGGCCCCUAAUGCGCUCACAAAGAGGUGUCUCAGUUUUCCCCACAUAGUACAGGCCACACGGACACAUGAGCUUAUAUACCACGAAGGGGGUUCUGCAAGUAAUCGUGUGCCUGAUGUCAUAUAAUAAAUAUAUUAUUUAUUUUUUUGUGUUGGGAAAUGAAGUCCUAAAUGGGGUGCAGAGACAUCUUUUGUUAAAACAAAUGACAUUUUAUUGAGGUAAUUGUAGGUAAUUAUUGUCUGCCCUUGUUAAAGUUACCUUGUUAUGGCCCUGCGAUUAAGAUACUUCAAAAUUGUUCAUGCAUGUACUUAUCAAGUUAUAUUCAACAAAAAUUCUUCUGAUUAAUCAACCAGUCUGAGAUAGAAUUACAGGUGACUUUAGCAGGUAGUAAUUAUAAGAUGUUUUCGUUAACGAUACCGAUCAUGUCAAGGGAAACUCCUUCAUAAAUGUUAGCUGAAGGCUUAAUGUUGUUUGUGAUUCUAUUCAGUUUAUUUUUCUGGUUUGUGAUAAUUUUCGCAUAUAAUUUGUGUAUCUGUGGCCUUUUAAAAGAUAUUGAUUGCAUUGAAAGUGCUUUUAAUUAGAAAGGUGACAAAAAAAUGUUCAGUGGAAAAAUAGACAAUCACUAUAAAAAUGGCCCAUACGUGGAAAUGUGUACAUACAGUCACUAUAGCAAGUAUUCUAGGAUGUUGCAAUCUCUCAAAGGCUGUACAAAAGCAUAACCUUUGUAAUGGAGAAAUGCCUGAUAGAUAAUGUUACAUUACAGUACACAGCCGGUUAGGAUAUCAGUACGUCAUGCUAGUGUUUUUUCAAGAAAAGACAUCAAUGGAAAAUAUGGGGGGUACUGCAUUGAGGCAUUUACCUACACAAUGCCUACUAUGCCCCAAGAAUGCCACAGUUCCACAAUAUAGUAACAAUACCAUUGGCUGCGAACUUAAUUCAGCUGACUUAUUUUAUGUUUUUCACCAUGUCAAGGGUACUCUGGCAGGAUCUACCUUAAAGCGACACAGGUUUCUACCUUCGGGCUUACCUGUAAGUGGGGAGCAGUGUCCAAGGAUACUGCUGCCGCCUUCAAAAUAGCAUUUUUUUUUUAAUUUAAUAUAUUGCAAAAUCAGCAACAUAUUAAAGAAAUGAUUCCCUGGUGGUCAGUUGCUGGAAUGCAUGGUCUGCACCUCCUCCUGGUGCAGACCAUGUUACUCGUCCCUCACAGUUCUGGCACUCGGUGAGGGAGGGGAAGUCAGAACACAUCCACCUGUAUUACCAGAAUGUAGUUUGGCUUCAUUACGGAGUGCUGGACUGAAGGGAGAAUUUAAUGGCAUGCACCAGACGGAGGUGCAUCUACUUCAUCACUGGACCUCCAGUGAAUUGUUAUUUAGAGAAACAAAAUAGUCACUUUUAUUUCUAAUGCGGGAAGUUUGGCUAAUGCUUAACAAACAGCAGGUGUGUAUAUUGCUGUAUAGGAAUGCACAGGUUUUUAAAAAAAAAAAAAUGUUGUUACAACUGCUACAUGCCUCCUCCUAUCCUGGCUGCUAUUCCGUAACAUUGAAAUGCUAUGCAGGACAGAUCACACCCAAGUCUACCAGAGUUUCAUGUAGUUUGUUUCUCAGACAAAGACCAGUUCUCGAGCAAAAAUGUAGAGAACCCAAGGGGUACAUUAACCUUUCAUUCCUAAAAGUAAACGUGAUGAUGAAAAUCAAAAGGUUAAUUGGGACUUCUGCCAUAUGAUUGACACUUCUUGGUACAUUAGUCUCUCAUCCAGUAUUUAUUGACAUGUUAACGGCUGCCAGUGAAUUGUUAACAAUAUUGAUGUAAUUACGAUACCACUGUUCUGAUCUUUUGCAACACCACCUAUUUUAUUUCUGUUAACCAGGGAUCGACCAAUAUUGAUUUUUUUUUUUUUAUUUAAUUUUAUUUUUUUUAGAGCCUAUACCGAUAAUCUGUGAGCUUUCAUGCCGAUAAUUUACUGAUAUUCUGUACAUUUCCCGUUUUGAAAAAAUAAACGAUUUCUACACAAAUCUACUGUUAACUGAACAUGUUUUUUUUUUUUUGCAAAUUUUUUUUUUUCCUCUUAAGGUAAAUGCACAAAAUAUACAUGCCAGUCAGAAUUUCUAAUGGUUUCAAGAAUAUAUGUGUGUGAGUAGUGGAUGUGAGAGUAUUUGAUUGGUGGAUGCAGUGUGUGUGUGUGUGUGUGUAUAAUAACAACAAAGUAUUUAACCAGGAAAGGCACAUUCAGAUUACUCUGGUUUUCAAGUACAUCCUGGGGAUGUUACCUUAGCCCAACAUCCAGGGGUUGUUACCAUUACCCAAUUUAUAAUGAAUGCAGUGUGUGUGUGUGUGUGUGUGUGUAGAGUGAAUGCAGUGUGUUUGUGUAGGUAUGUAAUGUGUGUAAAAUAGGGGGGACGGCAUUUUAAUGUUUUUAACAUUAGGUUUUUAACAUUCGUUUUUAAAUAUUUAAUAUUUAAUUUUUUAAUAUUUAGCUUUAGUCCUCCCCCCACCCCCUGCUUCUUACCUGGCCGGGGGUGGGGGGAUAUGGCAUUCCCUGGUGGUCCGGUGGCAUGCACUCUGCAGAGGGGACUAACCAGCAGCUCCCCUGUCUAACUCUCGCAGCCUGCGUGCCGCGCAGAGUGUUGCCAUUGUAACCUGUGGUAAUGCUCUGACGUCCGCGAGAGUCGCGACAUUUAGACAGGGGAGCUGAAGGGAGCUGCUGGGAAGGGAAAUAGGUGUGCUGCAGGCUCUCCAGGACCGUCCUGUUUGUCAGGCUCUGGUCUGCAUUAUCAUCAAUAUUGGUAUCUUUAUAGGCUGAUACCGAUAUUGCUGAAAAUUCAGAAUAUCGUCCAGACCAAUAAUCGGUCGAUCCCUAUGGGUAACAUACAUUAAGUAUUCAAGUUUCAGUGGUCAACAUACAGCUGAAGAGUUAUAGUAUAAAGGACUUCUAAAGGCACCACGACCACUUCAUCUCAAUGUAGUUUUAAAGGACCACUUUUGGGCACCAUAUUUAUGGAAAUUUGUUGGUUAUGGUGCCAAGAGAUCCCCGGGCGCAUUGUUACCUGAAUGGGUCAAUACGUUCUUGAAGUUUUUAACCCAAAGGACCAGUGCCGGAUCUCCAAUUCCCCGAGCAGUAUUUGGCUUCAGCGCCGCUGUUUGGCUAGACUAAUCAUCUGACUCUCCAUACCAGGGGUGCCCAAAAGGUAGAUCUCCAGAGAUGUUUUAAAACUACAGCUUCCAUGAUGAUUUGUCAUUCUAAAGGCAUGCAAAGCAUCAUGGGAGUGGUAGUUCUCUAACAUCUGGGGUUAUACCUUUUUGGAACCUUGCUCUAAGCCAAUCAGUAGCUAACCAUUUAUUAAAAAAAAAGUACAUACCUUCAUCUAAGAAAGCACCUGGGAACUCCUGGCACCAUAACAACUUCAUGUUGAUGAAGUUUGUUAUGGAGCACAGUGUAUUCUUUUAACUCUGCAGUUUAAAACAUUGUAGUUUCCAUUGCAGGGUUAAUACGCCUCUAUUGGCUUCCUACCUGACAGCCACUAGAGGCACUUACAUGUUAAGAAUCAAGUCAAAGAUUACAAGACUAAUGUUCCGCGAUUCAGUGCUGACCGUUACCCAUAGAGAUGCAUUGACUAAAUCCAACGCUGACGAGAUACUUAUUGGCACAGAACGGCGCUUGUACAUAGAUUGAAGGCACUUUUGAGGCUAGCCUUCAUGUAUCCCCAUUUUAUAAUUGUGAAAUGCCGCGGAAUACGUUGGUGCUGUAAAAAUGCUGAUUGUAAUGUGCACUAGCCACCAGGGUCAUGGGCGACCAACGCUGAUUAAUGCACACAUGGGUGUAGGCUAGCAUGUGUAGUCUGAUCACACAGAAGAGCUACUGUAGCACAAAUUGCAAAAAUACUUAUUGCUGGCCAUGAUAGAAAGAUGUCAGAACACACCUGGCAUCGCAGUUUGCACUAUAUGGUUCUGUGUAGCUGCAGACAGGUCAGAGUGUCCAUGAUGACAUCUGUUCACCACCGAAAGCGCCUUCAUUGAUGUGAGCUUUAGAACUGGACCAUGGAGUAAUGGAAGAAGGUUGCCUGGUCUUAUGAAUAAAGUUUCCUUUUACGUAUGCAUCAUUUACCUAGGGAAGAGAUGGCAGCAGGAUGCACUAUGGGGCGGAGGCAGUGUUGUGCUUUGAGCCAGGGCUUGACAAUUUGUUUGGAAUCUAGGAGCCAGCUAAAAAAGUUGAGCCAGUCAUUUUCAACGAGAGAGUGCAAUUCUUAAAGGGACACUAUAGUCAUCAGAACCACUUCAGCUUAAUGUAGUUGUUCUGGUGUCUAUAGCCUGUCACUGCAGGUGAUUUUAGUGUAAACACUGCCUUUUCUGAAAAAAGGCCGAGUUUACAUUGCGGCUUAGGAACACCUAUAGUGACAGUCACUCAGACGGCCAGUAGAGUCCUGGGUCACUGCUGCAUCACGUGCAGCACUCUGGUUCAGUGGCUCUGCAUGGAGGCGCUGAAUGUUCCUCAUAGAUUUAUUAAUUUAAUGUAUGUAUGAGGAGAUGCGGAUUUGUACGUUUGCUGUGCAUGCACAAAAUCCUCCCAAUGCUUUCCUAAGGGAAGGGAUUGGCUUAGCUGAGAUCAUAGAUUGAGAAUCUCCGCCAUGGUGAAACUGACAUGGCGUGGAAAAAUAGGAAUAAAGGUAGGGAUCGACAGAUUAUCGGUCUGACUAAUAUUAUCGUCCGAUAUUCAGUAUUUUCGGCAAUAUCCGUAUCAACCAAUAAAGAUACUGAUAUUGCCGAUACUACGUAUCAGGACUGCCAGGCCCAUUACAGGCCGCAAGAGUUAGACAGGGGAGCUGAAGGGAGCUGCUGAGAAGGUAAGUAAGAACUUGCUGGGCCCCCUCUGCACAGUCCAUGCCACCGGACCACCAGGGAAUGCCAUAUCCCCCCUCCCUGGCCAGGUAACAAGCAGUUAGGGGGGACUAAAAAAAAAAAAAAUGCUCCCCCAUUCUACACAAAUUACAUACCUACAGAAACACACACACACUACACAGACACCCUGCAUUCAUUAUAUACACACGGAAGGGUGGGGUCAGACAAUAGCAAGGGCUGAUGGGAGAUUGAGGAGGGACAAAGCAGCUAGUUUAAGCUGGUCUGGCAUUGUCCCUGGGACAACUCCCUGCUGAGGAAACAAUAGGACAGGAAAAAGGGGGAGGGGAAGAGGCACAGACCAGCAAUACAUUCAACAUACUCCUCCUCUGUGUCUCAGAGAUAAUUCUCUCCAGGUACAGAAAAACACACAAUUUACAAACACUCCAAAAAUACCCCCAAGAUCCAUGGGAACCCCACAAGAGUCACAUCCUAGGAUAGCCCUGAUCUGGGUGACCAACAUAUCCAAAAAUCACCCAGAUCGGUUCACUGGUUUGGUUUUUCCAUGGAAGUCACUUUUUAACAUGUCUUUUUGCAGGGCCCAUAAUCCUGGGACAAGAGGCUGGCAAGGAGGCCCCUCAAAGUACCAAUGGCGAGGUUACUUUCGCCACAGCAUGUUUUUUUUUCUGUGCUUGGAGAUAAUUGGAUUACAUUAGUACAGUUCCUGAUCCAAUUAUCUCUAUGCACAGAGGAGGGAUUAUCUAAUGGAAUUUGGGAGUGUCAUGUAUUUAAACACCAUUGUCAUUGGUCUGUGACUUUGUGCUGCAGUCCCCCACAAGGUCCAGAGGGGAGUGCCCCUUUCAUGAGGACAUGCAUAUAAGGCCAGUUGUGGCUGCCAUUAAUAAUGCCAGCGUGCACUCCAAAACUGUGUGUCGUCCUGUUAUUGGAGGGAAGGAAGAUUUAACCCCUGUGUCUGCUGUUCCAGCUUGCAGGGGAUUCAACGGGGAAAGUCCUUGUAAAGACUAGAGCUUCCAGGACUGAAUGUCAUCCAGUGCCUGGGGGUGUCUAGAGCGAAUUCCCCGUUCGGCUCCAGGAAGGAGCGGUUUCAGGGCCCCAGUGAAGCCAUGGUGACUUUGGGCAGAAGUGCUGCGGUUUGUCCCCUGCUCCAGCUAGGAAGCACUCCUUGUCGGCGGUACCCAGUCGGGGUACAGGGAGCUCCUUUACAAAACCGUUUAACUGGCUAAUGUAAAUUCUGUACAAAUUUGGCAUCUGUCUUCAGUACACAGAGCAUGCUAUUGACAGACAGCCAAUGGCAACCCAUGUCCUCCCCUGGGUAGCUAGGUGGAUUGACAUCAAUGGAGGAGGAUCACUUUAAACUUGACCUCGGCGCUGCAAUACAGGAGUAUUAUUUUUUUUAUUUUUUUUAAUCUGACCAGGACAGCAAUGGUUACCAAAACCAAAGUUUUUUUUUAAACACUGGUUUUUGGUUGGAGUAACAAAUAAACAGAGCAAAAUAGUUUCACUGUGAUUUAACUUUUUUUUUUUUUUUUUUUAAAUAUUUACCACAGAGUUAAUGCUUGGAGUUUCUCCCAAAAGUUGUUUUCCCAGCUAUAAAUCUUUUCAUUGAUUUUUGUUCUGGCCUUUGCAAAUCUGUGUCCAGACUCUUAAGACACUCUUUUUAGACCUCUUUUCUUCAAUUGGCUUUUUUGUAUUUAAGGUUAUUGUCCUUGUGGAAGCUGAAUAUCUGCCAGUUCACUUGUUUCAGUUUGGAAAAAAAAAACUUGGAACUGCAUGAAAGAGAAGCACACUGACCCUAAAUACCUUUUUAAUUUUAGCAUUGAUAAAGGUGUCUCUGUGGGAAGUUCAUAGCAGGGCUUGAAAUUUCCAAUUGGAUAUUGAUGAAUGAAUAUUUAGCCCAGGGUCGUAGAAAUUCAUCCCAUGUAAGUGUGCCAUGGAUACUCAAAGAUUGCAGUGAUUUAGGAGUUGAAAUCUGAGGCUCCUUCAUAAUGUCUUUUUAUUGUUAUUCAUAGUAAUAGUAGUAGUAUGUAUUUUUUGUAAUUUUUUUUUUUUAAACCCAGCGUUAGAUUAAUUUUACUCCAGAAUUGUAUGAAUCUAAUCUUGUGAUUUUUAUUUUUCUAUAUGGGUGUAUGUCAUCUUAGACUGUAAGAUGUUGGGGUUCAUUCAACUAAUUAUGUGACUGCUUACUUUGCUGGAGUAUCAGUAUAAUGAAGCUUUAUUCUUAUUUGGGAGGUUUCCACACAUUACAUGCUGAUGAGCUAGAAAGCCAGUGAUGAAAUUGAGUAAUUUGACUUUAAACCAACAAAUCUGAGCGCUCUGAAUGAAAUUGCACUGCGUGGGAAGGCUUUAUAAGCCUUUCCCCAUCCUGCAAAGCUCAGUCUGCGCAGAGCCCUCACUGGCUGAAGAUGGUUAUAUUUCAUGUUUUUUUUUUUUGUUUUGUUUUUUUUUGUAUUUUUGCGAUCAAGUCUUUUUUAAUUUUAUUUGGGUUUUAUGGAAUUUUAUUUGUCAUUUUUGGACUGAAAAAGGAUGUUGGACGAAAGGAAUUUUAAAAAAUGUUCAGGUAUUUAAUUUAUUGCUCCUCCAUCACUUACUAUUGGGGUGGGGGGUGACUAUGGGCCUCCUAGUCACCCGGGGGUUGAGGUGACAAAAGGUCCCACUUCCCUUGUCACUUAGGGCCCCCACCCACUACCAUGGGUGGGGACUGGGAGGGAGACAAUAGGUUCCCCCCACUUAUCAUUUAGAGCCCCCAGCCACUGCUAAUAGGUGGGGUCAGGGUGGAGACUGUACGCCUGCCCUCAUCAGUAAAGGGCCCCCAGCCGCUGCUAAGUGGUGGGGGCCUGGGGAAUGAUGGCAAGAGGCCCCCCUCCCCAUAUCACUUUGGUGGGAACUAGGUCCCCUAUUUAGUUUAAUAGCCUCCACUUGCGGGCAUGGAUGGGUGCUGGUGGGGACAGGGUACACUAUAUCCGCCUCAUGUUAAUUUAAUAGGAGCUCACCAUGGGGUUUCUUUGUCAGGUCCCCCUUUAUUGGAUUGGGGUGGGGUCUUGUACAUGAAAAACCCAGGAGACACCUGGUAUGUUUCAGACAAGCAGUGUGACUAUUUAUUCAGUGCCAAUAGAUAAAGGUCUUUGAAUGCAAAAUUGUAGCAAGCAAUGUCAUUGGACUUGGAGAGAUUAAAAUGUUUUCUGUAGCAUGACUUGUUCACUUUGAUAGUUCUAGUUACAUUUGAUAUUUUGGGCAAUUUAUUGCUUUUUCAAUGUAUCUCACUUUCUUUUUGACAUACUUUUUUUGUGUCAAAAAGGAAUUUGAUUCAUGUGAACAAAUUUUUACACAACUUAUAUAUGCACGUUUAUUUAGUUAUUUUGGCUAAAGGCCUUCUCACAUAUGCGUCAAUAGAAUACCCACAUGUCAACGUUUCAGUUCCAAUUAUGAACUUUUCUUCAGGACGAUUAAUAAGUUCUUAAUUGGAACUGAAAAGUUGACGUGCUGUUUUAGUGAUUGAAUGAAGGAUUCAUACAUUUUGAAGACCGAGAGUGUGGGUAUUCUAUUUAAAUUUACAGGUAUAUUCCAUUGAAUCAUGGCACUCAGACGUUUGAUCCUUUCUCAAGACACAGUUUGGUCUUAAAAAUAAUGACACACCUGCUGUGUAAUAUGGAGUAAACAAAAUGGUAUUUUUUUCAAAGAACUGUCCGUUUCCAUAUUUCUACAACUCAUUGGAUUAUAUGUUCGCUUAAUUUAGGAUGAACCUGGGUAUUAAAUACAUAAGCAAGUUAAAAUACAAGUAUGGGAGCCAUCAUAUCUACAGGUGUGUAAUAGUGUACAUUUUGUGUAUGUGCGUGUGUUAUAUUUUUCAAACCUUUUUGGGCCAUGUCUCAUUUGAGGUAAUUUAGCGUUCUAGCAUUCUACUAUUUUGCUAGCCUUAAAAAUACAUAUUUUUAAAAAGUAGAAAACUGUAGAACCUAUGUGACUAAAUUUAUAUCAGCCCUUUUUUUACAGUGAGAAAGAGGGAGUCUGAUAUAUACGGAGUAAUAAGCAAAGCUGCACAUAGAAGUCUAUAGUCUUAUUGCUUGAGUCUAUGAGCUUUCCACUGCCAUGUUUAAUUAGCAGUCACACACACACGUAUUAAUCUGCUAGGAGAAUUAGUGGGUCUCCAGGAGUUAAUCUAUAUGGUUUUUGCUAAGAAUUUGUCUGCAGCUCAUGUCAACACAAAUAUAAUCAAAGAUGAACAUUUUGAGAUCUGAAUAACUUGAGGUUUUCAGACCACAUCUCACCUCCACCCCCAUUGUAUUUUUGAAUAACCUUGGAAUGUUGUAGCAUUUUGCAUACAUCCCCGUGACGUCACAGGACAUCCUCAAUGGUUCCUGUAUGUGUUUUUUCCUUAAUUGUAAUUCGUGAUUGUCUUUACUAUCCCAAACUAUUUAUGGAAAAGUCCAGUAUAUGUAAACUUCAUUUCCUUCUUUAUGGUAUAUAUGUGUUUAUGUAUUCAAUAUUGUAUGAAUAUAUUUUACGGCAAAAACAAAUUUGUAUUACUUCAAAUUUCUUUGGCUAAUGCAUUUGUUACUGCCAUCUUAAUUCUGUUUAUUUUCCAAUGUGGUUUGUAUGGUUAUAUGGCCUUCAUGUAAUUAGUCAACACAUGGAUGUGCUAAUAUGAUUAAUAUCAAAGGUGCAGCCUCUGUGAUUGAACCAAGCUUAAGCCAUUGGUCACAUAUAGGAUAUUUCAACUGGUGGCUAAUCAUUACUCAUGAAGAAACACACCAUGUUUAUGCAUGGAGAGAUGGAAAGAGGGCACUAGAAAUGUGUCAGCACAUCAAGGUAUUAAAGGCACAGUUUAAGAUCCCUUGACCCUGAAAAGGACUCGAUUUAAGAAGGUGGAAUGGAAAUAGGGACAAUAUAUCCCAUUCCAUCAUUGAUCUUGAAAUCCCCUGUUGCUGUUCCUGUAUUCAAUGUUAAACCAUUUUUGAGUUUUUCUUAUUAUUCACAUUUAUAUAGCAACCAGCUUAUUCUCCCGCACUUAUAGUUUAACACUAAAUGCCACCAAACAGCCUUGACCCCAACCUAUGGCAUAUUACACACUUGCCUCCAAGUGUGUAGUCAAAGAGGAGCAUUGGAGACCGUAGACACCAGCGCUGUAGUCACUUGUCAUAGAGAAUCAUUGCAUGCAGUGAUGAUAAUGAUGGAAUUUGAAAGAAGAGGGUGUAGGCCAUAGAACAUUGCCUUUGUUUUGAUCGCCCCUAAUUUAUGAUUAGGAGCCAAUUUUAAAGUACUAAGUAGCAAACCAUAGCUAGAUACCCUCUGCCAUUGUUAUUUUCCCCUUUUUUAUAAUAUUUUUAAAAAAAAUGUAAUAACUAUUUGAAAAGAAAUUGUAAAAUGUAUUUGUAUAUACUGUACUGAAAUUGCAAUUGGAAAUGUGCAUAACAAGAACGUAGUUUUAAGUAUUUGUUUAUUUUGAAACUAUUUUUUUAUUUUAUUUGAGAGAUGCCAGCUGUGUUUGCGUUGGCCCUCAAGGGGUUCAGCUUUUCUCGUCAAGUGAUCAAAUGGCUUAUGUGACUCCUGUAUGAACUGGCCCUGGUUGUCUGAUUUCUGGGAGCAAUGGAUCUUCUUUACAGCUGCAUUGUCAAUGACGUUUUGGCUGCUGAUAAUUCUGGUAUCACAUCAUCAUGCCAAGGGCUUGGUAAUGGAGAAGCUGUGCUUAGACUGCGAUGUAGAAUGAAUGCAGAUGCAAAUGGUCUGUUUUCAAUUGUUUACUGAUUUCCUCACCUCAUGCGUUGCUCUGGGUUUCACUUGACGUAACUCUUCCCACCCUCUCGGGAAAGUGGGGAAAAAACACUGCUCUGUUAGCAAUGAACUGCUUAAAGCACUACUGAAAAUUAUUUUAAUUUAGUAAAAAACAAGGUAAUCACUUGCCUAUCUUUCCCACUCCCCGUUUUAGACAGCUGUCUGUAGGCACCUUCGAUCAGUUUGCCAGUUAUCCAGCCCAGUGCUCACUAUUUUGCAGCGGUGUGUUGCUGUUUUUUUGGAUGUUGGCACACUUACCCCCCCAUUUGUAGGAGGUAGGAGCAUUUUACAGUAAAAGUAGACAGAAAGAGCACUCGCUUUUCAAAAGCAACCGACAGUUGCAAAACAUUGAGCAUUGGGUCGAAUAACUGUCAGUCCCAUUAAAAGAUGCAAGAAAGUAGGUGGCUGUCAGCAAGGUAGGAGAGUGAUUAAAAAAAAAGGGUAAUUUUUCCUUUCAUAUUCAUGUGUGUAUCUGUUUGAGUAUGUAUCUCACAGGGUGUAUUUGUGUGUGUGUGUGUGUGUGUGUGUGUGUAACUCAGAGAGUGUAUUGAGGAAGGCCCAUUCAGAGGUUUUGUAUUGAGACUCAGAAGUUCUGAUGGGAGCCUUGGGUUAAAGUUGCACUCCUGAACAGCAGGCGCAUUUGAAGGAGCUAAAUUUUAUUAACCCCUUAAGGACUGGACUGUUUUUGCGAUGUUGUACAUUUGCAACCAGGAAUAUUUUUACACUUUUCUGGUGUUUGUGUUUAGCUGUUAUUUUCCGCUCUCUCAUUUACUGUUCCCAUACAAAUUAUAUAUUGUUUUUUUCAGGACAAAAGGGGCUUUCUUUACAUACCAUUAUUUAUAUAAUCUCAUGUAUUUUAAUUUAAAAAAAAUAAAAAAAUAUGAUGAAAAAUUGAAAAAAAUACAUGUUUUUUGACUUUUACUUGAAAAAUCUUUUACUCAUCUACAAAAGCGAAUGAAAAAAACAGCUAAAUAGAUUCAAAAUUUUGUCCUGAGUUUAAAAAUACCCAGUGUUUACAUGCUUUUUUGCUUUUUUUUGCAAGUUAUAGGGCUAUAGGUACAAGUAGGAUAUGGCGGUUUCAAAACAAAAUUUUUUUAAAUGUAUCAAUAGUGACAUUGUAACACUAUUAUCUGUCAUAAAUCUCUGGAAAACACUCCACAUGUAUAUAUUUUUUUUAAAGUAGACAACCCAGGGUAUUCAUCUAAGGAUAUUUUGACACUUUCUAUGCAGCCAUUUUACCACAAGUCUUUGCCAAACUUUGCAUAGAUAGUUGUUUUUUUUGUUUUUUUUCACAUACAUUGCAAUUCAGGUAUAAACUUACAGAUCCUGUUAUGUCUUGCUGCCAAACAACACGCCAAUAUGUGUUCAGCAACAUCUCCUGAGUACAGUGAUACCACCCAUGCAUAGGCUUGUCGGAUUGUUUGGGGGCUAAAAGGCCACAUUUGGCAGGUGCGCAUAUCCAUUUUUCAUCUUGGAAUUUUGACAUGUAGUCAACCUGCGCACAUGUCCUAUUUGGGACAUUUGUAAGGCUGGCCAAUGUAUUUUACCCCCACCAAACCAUAUAUUUUUGGAAAGUAGACACCCUAGGGUAUUUCAAAUGGUGGUUUUUUAACACUUUCCAUGCACUAAUUCUACCACCAGACUUUGUCAAACAUUUAGGUAGUAAUUUUUUGUGUGUUUUUUUUCACACACAUUGUACUUUAGGCAUGAAUUAACAAAUCGUGUUAUGUGUCACUGCCAAACAACACGCCAAUAUGUGUUCAGCAACAUCUCCUGAGUACAGUGAUACCACCCAUGCAUAGGCUUGUCGGAUUGUUUGGGGGCUAAAAGGCCACAUUUGGCAGGUGCGCAUAUCCAUUUUUCAACUUGGAAUUUUGACAUGUAGUCAACCUGCGCACAUGUCCUAUUUGGGACAUUUGUAAGGCCGGCCAAUGUAUUUUACCCCCACCAAACCAUAUAUUUUUGGAAAGUAGACACCCUAGGGUAUUUCAAAUGGUGGUUUUUUAACACUUUCCAUGCACUAAUUCUACCACCAGACAUUGUCAAACAUUUAGGUAGUCAUUUUUUGUGUGUUUUUUUUCACACACAUUGUACUUUAGGCAUGAAUUAACAAAUCGUGUUAUGUGUCACUGCCAAACAACACGCCAAUAUGUGUUCAGCAACAUCUCCUGAGUACAGUGAUACCACCCAUGCAUAGGCUUGUCGGAUUGUUUGGGGGCUAAAAGGCCACAUUUGGCAGGUGCGCAUAUCCAUUUUUCAACUUGGAAUUUUGACAUGUAGUCAACCUGCGCACAUGUCCUAUUUGGGACAUUUGUAAGGCCGCCAAUGUAUUUUACCCCCACCAAACCAUAUAUUUUUGGAAAGUAGACACCCUAGGGUAUUUCAAAUGGUGUUUUUUUAACACUUUCCAUGCACUAAUUCUACCACCAGACAUUGUCAAACAUUUAGGUAGACAUUUUUUGUGUGUUUUUUUUCACACACAUUGUACUUUAGGCAUGAAUUAACAAAUUGUGUUAUGUGUCACUGCCAAACAACACGCCAAUAUGUAUUCAGCAACAUCUCCUGAGUACAGUGAUACCACCCAUGCAUAGGCUUGUCGGAUUGUUUGGGGGCUAAAAGGCCACAUUUGGCAGGUGCGCAUAUCCAUUUUUCAACUUGGAAUUUUGACAUGUAGUCAACCUGCGCACAUGUCCUAUUUGGGACAUUUGUAAGACCGGCCAAUGUAUUUUACCCCCACCAAACCAUAUAUUUUUGGAAAGUAGACACCCUAGGGUAUUUCAAAUGGUGGUUUUUAACACUUUCCAUGCACUAAUUCUACCACCAGACUUUGUCAAACAUUUAGGUAGUCAUUUUUUGUGUGUUUUUUUUCACACACAUUGUACUUUAGGCAUGAAUUAACAAAUCGUGUUAUGUGUCACUGCCAAACAACACGCCAAUAUGUGUUCAGCAACAUCUCCUGAGUACAGUGAUACCACCCAUGCAUAGGCUUGUCGGAUUGUUUGGGGGCUAAAAGGCCACAUUUGGCAGGUGCGCAUAUCCAUUUUUCAACUUGGAAUUUUGACAUGUAGUCAACCUGCGCACAUGUCCUAUUUGGGACAUUUGUAAGGCCGGCCAAUGUAUUUUACCCCCACCAAACCAUAUAUUUUUGGAAAGUAGACACCCUAGGGUAUUUCAAAUGGUAGUUUUUUAACACUUUCCAUGCACUAAUUCUACCACCAGACAUUGUCAAACAUUUAGGUAGUCAUUUUUUGUGUGUUUUUUUUCACACACAUUGUACUUUAGGCAUGAAUUAACAAAUCGUGUUAUGUGUCACUGCCAAACAACACACCAAUAUGUGUUCAGCAACAUCUCCUGAGUACAGUAAUACCACCCAUGCAUAGGCUUGUCAGAUUGUUUGGGGGCUAAAAGGCCACAUUUGGCAGGUGCGCAUAUCCAUUUUUCAACUUGGAAUUUUGACAUGUAGUCAACCUGCGCACAUGUCCUAUUUGGGACAUUUGUAAGGCCGGCCAAUGUAUUUUACCCCCACCAAACCAUAUAUUUUUGGAAAGUAGACACCCUAGGGUAUUUCAAAUGGAGUUUUUUUUUUUAACACUUUCCAGGCACUAAUUCUACCACCAGACUUUGUCAAACAUUUAGGUAGUCAUUUUUUGUGGUUUUUUUUUUUUUCCACACACAUUGUACUUUAGGCAUGAAUUAACAAAUCGUGUUAUGUGUCACUGCCAAACAACACCCCAAUAUGUGUUCAGCAACAUCUCCUGAGUACAGUGAUACCACCCAUGCAUAGGCUUGUUGGGUUGUUUGGGGGCUAAAAGGCCACAUUUGGCAGGUGUGCAUAUCCAUUUUUCCAACUUGGAAUUUUGACAUGUAGUCAACCUGCGCACAUGUCCUAUUUGGGACAUUUGUAAGGCCGGCCAAUGUAUUUUACCUUCACCAAACCAUAUAAUUUUGGAAAGUAGACACCCUAGGGUAUUUCAAAUUGUGGUUUUGUUAACACUUUCCAUGCACUAAUUCUACCACCAGACUUUGUCAAACUUUUAGAUAGUCAUUUUUUGUGUGUGUUUUUUUCACACACACUGUACUUUAGGCAUGAAUUAACAGAUCGUGUUAUGUGUUACUACCAAACAACACCUCAAUAUGUGUUCCGCAACAUCUCCUGAGUACAGUGAUACCAACCAUGCAUAGCCUUGUCGGGUUGUUUGGGGGCUAAAAGGCUACAUAUAGCAGGUGCGCAUAUCCAUUUUUCAACUUGGAAUUUUGACAUGUAGUAAACCUGCGCCCCUGUCCUAUUUGGGCCAAUGUAUUUUACCCCCAUCAAACCAUAUAUAUUUUGAAAAGUAGACAACUCAGGGUAUUUUAAAUGGUGGUAGUUUAACACUUUUCAUGCAAUAAUUCUACCACCAGCCUUUGGCAAACUUUUGGGUAGUAAUUUUUUUCGUGUUUUUUUACACACACAUUGUACUUUAGGCAUGAAUUAACAGAUCCUGUUAUGUAUCACUGCCAAACAACACCCCAAUAUGUGUUCAGCAACAUCUCCUGAGUACAGUGACAUCACCCAUGCAUAGGUUUGCUGGGUUGUUUGGGGGCUAAAAGGCCACAUUCAAGACUUGUACAUAUCAGUUUUUCAACUUGAUAUAUGGGUAUGCUUGGCCUAUCUUCAGUUUGGCAUAUUUUUGCAUCCCCCCGUUAAUGUUAACAUCAUGAAAGUUUAUAUUUUUAUAAAGUAGACAUUCCAGAGUAUUGUAUAUGAGGUGUUUUCACAUCCUUCCCCCAACCAUUGUGCUAAACAAAUUUCAGAGAACGUGCAUGGUGGUAAUUUUUUAAUUCUGCUUUUUAUGCACACGUCAUCUGGUUUUGGCCAGCCAGUUAUAUGUUACUACCAUAAAACUUUUUUAACCAAAUGUGCAGGUAUCAAAUGCACCUUUAGCAGCAUUCUCUAAACUAACUCCUGCAAAAAGAAUCUAAUUGGAGAUUUGGGGGGAAGGAAACUGACUAACUAAAAUUUGCUGUUUUCAAAAGAAAAAAAAACAGUGUCCUUUUCCUUUUUUAUAACAGACCCAGCAACAUUUCAGGGGAUUUGUUUUUUUUUUGCAGUUGGCAGUAUCUUAAAAAUAAAAUGUCUGGACUCCUUUGGCACCGUUGUUGGAACUUGACCAUCUCCAUAAAUUAUUGUGGAAAUCAGCUUGAACUAAAAUUGGAGAAAGGUGGUUCUUUCUGAAUUCAUUUUUUUUAAAGAGUAAAAAUUAAUUAUGUGUUGCUACUUGCAUCAGGUAGAUAGCCACCUUUUUAUGCCAGGCUUUUGUCUUUCUUAAGAUAAGAUAUGGCUGCAUCAGCUGAUCAGCCAAAUCAACACCCCCCAUGUGCCUGUUAUAAGCCCUGAUGCACACCGGUUUUGUCUGUACCCUGCCUCGGACAGUGGCGUCUGACAUGCCCUCGUUAUGGAUGGUUGUUAGCAUGUGAACAUCCUUCCUGUCCUUAAAUUUUAUUGCAAGCACUUUAGCUUUGUGCAGACCUUUACAUUCACUUUUUUUUUUUUUUUUGGCCUCUAUUAAAGGUCUGGGGAAAUCCUUGGCAUAUCUUCUCACACUGCCACAGGCCAGUAUCUAGAAACCCUAAAGAGUUUGAAACAAACAGACAAUGCUAUAAAAAUUGUCCACAUAAAGGUGGUAACCCUUAUUGAACAAGGGGAUCAGUAAGUCAAAAACAAGUUUCCCGCUUGUCCCCAGAGAGUCAGUACAGCCAGGAGGGUCCAGUUGACCAUCUUUCCCCUCAUAUAUACGAAAGGCAAAUGUAUAGCCACUUUCGCUCUCGCACAGUUUGUAGAAUUUUACGCCAUACCUAAAGCGCUUUGAGAGGAUGUAUUGUUUGAAUCCUAAUCUCCCUUUAUAUUUCAUUAACGAUUCAUCAAUAGAUACAUUUUUUUGAGGAGUAUAAACUUCAGUAAAUUUGUGCUGAAGAUGGUCUACCAGUGGGUGUAUUUUAUGAAGCCUAUCAUAUUGGGUGUGAUCUCUGCGGUGACAGAGGGUAUUGUCAUUGAAAUGUAAGUAUCUCAGCAGCAGCUCAAAUCUUGUUCUAGACAUGGUUUGAGAGUACACUCGACUAGAACAGAUUGGGUUGGUGCUCCAGUAAGAGCAAAUUGAUGGCUUCUUUAUAAUCCCCAUGAGAAUUGUAAGAGCCCAGAAUUUUUUAAGUUCAGCGACAUCUGUGGGAUGCCAAGCACACUCCUCCCUGACUGCAUAGCUAUCUGGAUUGGUAUCAAUAAAUUGGGUAGCAUAUAAAUUAGUCUGGGGAGCAAUCUCCUCCCACAUGGUAUCCCCUAAAAAUAGCUCCAUAUAUUGCAUAGAGGAGAAGUCAUCCACAUUGACAUUAAUGCCUGUGUUGGCACUAAAAGGGGUGAUUUGGGGCUCAGCUAACUGUGGAGAAACCUGUUCCUCCUCCACAUUCGGCGUAGCAGAGAAAGCACAGCUUCUUUUUGCAGCCAGCUCACACACAGAUGACAUGUCAGAAAACUGACCUGGGUCAAAAUCGGACGCAGUGUCAGUGGCGUCAGAGUCUGGCUAACACAGAGUUAAAAAACAGACUAAAUGAGACUAAAACUUCUGUUAGCAGCAAUCUGUAAACUAACUCCUGCAAAAAGAAUCUAACUGGAGAUUUGGGGAAGGAUACUGACUAACAGAAAUUUGCUGCUUUCAAAAUAAACAAAAAAAAUAAAUCAGGAACAAGUAUUAUAAAAAUGUAUUUUCUGUGUGGUAGACCUUAAAACAUUCUCCAAUGCACAGUCCAGGUUUUGUAUGGCAAUCGGGACAGUGAAAAGGGGUGUCUGUCCUUUUCCCUUUUUUAUAACAGACCCGGCAACGUUUCUGGGGGUUUCUUUUUUUUGGUGUUGGCGGUAUCUUAAAAAUAAAAUGUCUAGACGACUCUUGCACUGUCGUUGGAACUUGACCAUCUCCAUAAAUUAUUGUGGAAAUCAGCUUGAGCUGAAAUUGGAGAUAGGUGGUUCUUCCUGGAUUAAUUUUUUAAAAAAGUAAAAAUGAAUUAUGUGUUGCUACUUGCAACAGGUAGAUAGCCACCUUUUUAUACCAGGCUUUUGUCUUUCUUAAGAUAAGAUAUGGCUGCAUCAGCUGAUCAGCCAAAUCAACACCCCCCAUGUGCCUGUUAUAAGCCCUGAUGCACACCGGUUUUGUCUGUACCCUGCCUCGGACAGUGGCGUCUGACAUGCCCUCGUUAUGGAUGGUUGUUAGCAUGUGAACAUCCUUCCUGUCCUUAAAUUUUAGCGCAAGCAGUUCAGCCUUGCGCAGAGCUUUGCAUUCCCCUUUUUUUAAUUUGGCCUCUAUGAGAGGUCUGGGAAAAUCCUUGGCAUUUCUUCUUACAGUGCCGCAGGCCAGUUUCUGUAAACUAUAAAGAAUUUUAAACAAGUGGACACUGCUGUAAAAAUUGUCCACAUAAAGGUGGUAACCCUUAUUGAACAAAGGGUUCAGUAGGUCCCAAACAAGUUUCCCAGUUGUCCCCAGAGAGUCAGGACAGCCAGGAGGGUUCAGUUGAGCAUCUUUCCCCUCGUAUACACGGAAGGCAAAUGUGUAGCCACUUUCGCUCUCGCAAAGUUUGUACACUUUAAUGCCAUACCUAGACCGCUUUGAGGGGAUAUAUUGUUUGAACCCUAAUCUCCCUUUGUAUUUCAUAAGGGAUUCAUCGAUGGAUAAAGUUUGUUGGGGAGUAUAAACUUCAGAAAAUCUGUUCUGAAGAUGGUCUACCAGUGGGCGUAUUUUAUAAAGCCUAUCAUAUUCGGGGUGAUCUCUGGGGUGACAGAGCGUAUUGUCGUUAAAAUGUAAGUAUCUGAGCAGCAGCUCAUAUCUUGGUCUAGGCAUUGUUUGGGAGAAUAUAGGAGUCGAACAAAUUGGGUUGGUGCUCCAGUAAGACCGGAUUGAUGGCUUUUUUAUUAUCCCCAUGAGCAUGGUAAGAGCCCAGAAUGUUUUAAGUUCAGGGACAUCUGUGGGAUGCCAAGCAUGCUCCCUGACUGUAUAGCUACCUGGAUUGGUCUCAAUAAAUUGGCUAGCGUAUAAAUUAGUCUGGGAAGCAAUCUCCUCCCAGAUGGUAUCCCCUAAAAAUAACUCCAUAUAUUGUAUAGGGGAGAAGUCAACCACAUUCACAUUAAUGCCUGCGUUGGCACUAAAAGGGGGGAUGUUGGGCUCAGCUAACUGUGGAGGUACCCAGUCCUCCUCCACAUUCAGCGUAGCAGGGGAAGCACAGCUUCUUUUAGCAGCUGGCUCACUCACAGAUGACAUGUCACUAGACGUGCCGCUAAACUGACCUGGGUCAAAAUCGGACGCAGUGUCAGUGGCGUCAGAGUCUGACGCCAAGAAGGCAUAUGCCUCCUCCAAGCUGUACAUGCGCUGCAUGUUUCACACCAACAGACUAAACUAACAAAAUACUAAACACAAUAUUUUUUUAUUUUUUUUUAAAACACUAAAACAGACUAAAACAGACUAAAACAGUAAUCCCUAAACUAACUCCUGUUAGAAGAAUCUAAUGGAGAUUUGGGGGAAGGAAACUGACUGACUACGACAGGCUAUGACAGACUAUGACAGACUAAAACAGACUACGACAGACUAAAACAGACUAAAACAGACUAAAACAGACUAGACAGACUACGACAGUCUAAGACAGUCUAAGACAGUCUAAGACAGUCUAAGACACAGAUUUUUUAAAAUAAAGUUAACCCUUAAGGGCAAAAAAAAAAUACAGACAGUAAAAAUGCACUGUCUGUAACAGAUCUGGCAGGGAAGGGGUUAAAAUAGGAUUUUAAUUAACUGAAGAUACUUUUUAUUUUUCACAGGAACAGCUGCUGCAACAAACUAUCAGGAUCUCUGUCUCUCUCCUCUCACAAAACGCUACAGAGAGGAGAGAGGCAGAGAUCAGUGUCAAAGUGAGUGUUUGUAACACCCACUUUGACACCAGCCAAUUGUGAGCGAUCGCGGAUCGCUCACACGCCGCAAUUGGCUGUUACUAUCUGCCUGGGAUGCCGGGCAGAUAGUAACAACGGGAUUUCAGCGGAAGCGAUCUCUGAUCGCUCCCGCCGCCCGUUUUCCGUUAGGACGGUUCAGGACCGUCCUCGGUCGGCAACGCAAAAAUGCCGAGGACGGUCCUGAACCGUCAUGCGUCCUUAAGGGGUUAAAGGAUCACUGUAGUCACUGUAACCAUUUUUAAUGUUUUAUUGCUACACGAGAGACCUCAGCAGCCUAUCCCUUCUGUGCUGCUUGGGAUAAUAAGGUUGCAUUAGUCUGAGCAGCAAUGUGUGGCUGUGAAUGCCAGCCUAUCACAGAUACCUGUUGCUGGUAUGAAUUGGUAUGGCUAAACAGAAGUGUGUGUUCCCUGCCUUAGCCACAGAUCCAGUGUGGGAUGAGCUAUAGGAAGCCAGGGAUCCUCAUUCAGUGUUAAACUGUGUGAAAAUGGCUUAAUAUUGAUUGGAGGAACAGCGCCAGGGAACUGCAGGCUCUAUAAACAAUUGAAUGAGAUGAAAUGGUUAUAGUGCCUCCAGUGUCCCUUAAGGACACAUGACCUGUCAUGAUUCUCUUUUAUUCCAGAAGUUUGGUCCUUAAAGGGACACUCCAGGCACCUAGACCACUUCUGCCCAUUGGAGUGGUCUGGGUGCCAACUCCCACUACUCUUAACCCUGCAAGUGUAAUUAUUGCAGUUUUUUUAAUAAACUGCAAUAAUUACCUUGCAGGCAGGGUUAACUCCACCUCUAGUGGCUGUCUACUAGACAGCCACUAGAGGGCACUUCCUGGUCUAACGCUGUGUGAGGACCUCCAGCGUCGCUCAUUUCCCCAUAGGAAAGCAUUGAAAUAGCAUGCGCAUUAGGUCACCCCGGCCAAUGGCCGGGAUCAGUCUCGCCCACCGGCCGACGCAAUGCAGAGGAGGAGGAGCGGCGGCGGAGGAGGAAGGGAUUUUCACCCCUUCAGCAACUGGGGGGUUAGGAGGGAGAGGGGACCUGCAGUGCUAGGAAAAAGGAUUGUUUUCCAGGCACUGGAGUUUCCCUUUAAGGGGUUAAGCCCCUCUCCUGAUCUCAUAAGGGGUGUUAAAUAUAGUGACACGCUCUCCCUAUUCUAGUGAUAGGAAAAGGGCUGUGGAGAUAGAAGCACACACAGCAACAUCUCUCUAGUUACGCUAGUAAAAGAAUAGAAAUACACUUGACCAGCAUUGACCAACAUUUUUUAUUUUUUUUGGGGUGCAAUUAAUUUAGUAAAUUAAUGUAGUCCUGACCUUAACCAAGAUUCUACAGCAAUAUUAAAAAAAAAAAAAAAAAUGUUGAGCACAUUCUGUUUGCUCAUUUAGUUUAGCCUUUUUUUCUGGUCAUGAUGCCAAAUGUUUCAACCUUCAUCAAAGCCUUACUAUAGGUUGUUCUGUUAAGCCAUGGCAAAGAACAGCUGUUGCCCAGUCGAGGCAGGCUUGAGACAUGUACUGCCUAAAGAUUGAUCCAUGUCGGUUAUGAACUCUGCGUUUAAAAACCUGUCUCCAGCUUUCACAUCCUACAAUCACCAUCUAAGGUUGGGCAGAACCUCACUUGAUAAUGUAAAAGUUUUGUUUGCGACCUUUCAUUGUGGCUGAAGAUGGGACAGGGUGUCUGUGCCGAAGAGAGGUGUUUUUUAUUUUGUCACUGUUAAGACUUAAUUUUUAGCCAACAAUUUAUAUCCAGUGAUGGACGGAAUUGAUUUCCUAACGUGGAGAAUUAAGUUCUACUUUAGCAAUAUGAAAGAUAAGCGGAAGAACUGUGGACACCCAGGACCAGAUUAAUGUCAAGCCGACAAAUGGUUUGACUAUGUACCGUGAGGGCUACCAGCGGCCUCCAAGCACAGUACCAAUUAUAGUGCCUCUUUCAACAAAAAAUCUUGACAAUAUCCUUCUUAUCUGUAUGUUUGUGUGUGCACGUUCUUCCAUCUGAUUUAAUUUUAUUUCAUACCCACCAGUGUUUUCAAAGGUGGGAGAAUAAGCCAUUGUCAGAAAGUACAGUGACACUACUCACAUUGUGUCGUUUUUUUCUUUUUUUUUUUUGUUUGUUUUUUUAUAAAAGGUAAUUUUUUUUUUUCUUUUGGAAACUAUAGUAAUUGUUUUGUGUAUGUAAAUAUUUUGUCAUAUUUAUUUUAGUGUAGAAGUUUUGUAUAUAUAUAUAUUAUUUAAAAAAACUAAAACCUUUUAUGACUCGAAUUAAAUUGUAGAGCAUUGUGUGGUUUUUUUUGUUUGUUUUUUUUUUAAAUCUCUGUUUUAGAAACCGGUGUCAGAUUCUCUGUUUACUUCUUUCUAGGGAAACUGAUGUUAAGGUUUUUUUUGUUUUUUUUUUCUUCCGGGACAGAAAGGAAGGAACAGUUCUGCGUUUUGUCAUUUGAACUAGCUAUUCUAUUUUUACCUUGUCAACUUAAUGACAAACUGUGCUAGAGUGAAAGAGGGUUUGGCACACUUGUAUUAUUCUGGAUUUACUCAGUUGUGGUGAAAUGCUUCUAAGAAGUUACAAAGAAAUCACUAGUCAGUGUGUGUGUGUAUGAAGGUGAGCUGAACAUAUUGAUUGGCAGUGACCAUUGGUACACAGUACAAUGCAUAUUUCACUUUUAGUUAUUGGGAUGGUAAUACAGCAUAACUGUCACUAGAGAGUUUUGAAUAUAGAUAGAACAAGCUUUAUUAAAAAUGCCUAGUAUGUGUUCACCCCUCCUCCCCCCCACCCCCCUAUAUACAGCUUCUGGUAGGACUCAACAUGCUUAUCUGCUUAUAAGGGAUUACCAUUUAAGGCUAUGUUUGAUACCAUCUUGUAUAAUUGAUGCUGGUGUAAUUUUACAGGAACACUCAGAGAACUUUAACAAAAUCAGAAGAAAGGUGUUCUGGUGCGAGGAGGUCCCAAGCGCGCUGGCUUACCUUCAGGUUUUAAACCAUUAACAAGCAGUUUAAGUCUUGAGUCCAGCACUUGGUUUAUAUACCCAACUAUUUCCAUUUGAGCUUGAGGCUUCAAUCAGGAACCUCUUUUAUUUCAUUUUGUGAUUAAGGUAUAAAAGGGUCUUUGCCCGGUCCACGGCUUUUUAGUGGAAGCCCUGGACUCACAUGGAAGAAGCUGGUCAGACCAAAAGGGCACUGGACUGAGGACUUUGCGGUAAACCAUUCGUUAAUGGUUUAACACCUGAAGGUAAGCUGGUGCCUGGGACAUCUUGGCACCAUAACAACUUUACUGGGAUUAAGUUGUUCUUGUGCUUGGAGUGUUUCUUUAAUGCAUUUAUAUGAGAUGGCUUUGCUAAUCUUUAGCACUUUAGCUGGAAGUUUUCACUAGUCUCAGUUUUCAUUUGGGGUUCUAAAGACACUUUGUUUUAUUUAUUUGUUUUGUGUGUGUGUGUGUGUGUGUGUGUGUGUGUAUGUGUAACUGAAUGCAUAAUAAUCCAGUAGGACUCCAGUGCUUUUCGAAAUAGGCUGCCAGGUGUUGCAGGUACAGAUGACAACAUCAGAAAUAGCUGGUCUGUAGUUAACUUCAAAAAAAAAAAAAAAGCUCAUAAAUUUGUUUUAUUGUGUGUACAAGCUCUGGCCGGAAAACAUCCAGCCAUUUUUUUUAAAUACAGAGAAAGGUCUGCGCAACAUGAAUGUAACCUGACAGCCAAGGAGAGUGGACUGGAAUGCGCAUGCGUAACAAUGGCUAGUUCACUGUGGCCGUCACAUUCAAAAUGACUAAGUUAGUAGAGCUUCAAAGAUGGUAGAGAAUCUGUUGAAAGAUUUGGCUUCAUGACACUUCUGGCUUUUCCCCAAACUAUAAUCACCUUCAAAAAGGAAGAGAUUUCAGACCGUCAAUGAGAUUCAGGUGAAUAAAACGAGGUAGUUGGCGAUUCCAACAAAGGAUUUUGCAGAGAGUUUUGAACAGUGGUAGAGAUGCUGGGAGAACUGGGUGAGGUCCCAAGGUGCUUACUUUGAAGCAUUGUUGUCCUAUGUACAAUGUUUCUCGUAUCUUGAGUUAAUAAAUGUCUCUAUUUUUCAUAUUACACAGCUGGAUACUUUCCGGGCAGAUCUCGUAUAGGUUUAUAACAUACCUAAACAAUCUACGAGAUCCUGCACUUGACAAAUCACCAGUGUAAAGACCAGAAAGCAAUCUCACAACCAAAAAUGUAGUAAGAAGAGCGCACUCAACCAGAUCUAUGCUCAAGAAAAUAAGUGCUUUUAGUCACAUGGGAGAAUCAACAUUUCAGCCGUAUGUGCUUUUAGACAUAGUUAAGGAGCAAGGAAUCUGUAUGUGCAGAGCUUCAACUAGACACGCUACUGAUACAGAGGUAUCUGCAAUUUUUCUGCUGGGAUCAAGUUACAUGACUGGCACACGUGACAGACAGCAGUCGAAACUCUAACCUAAUCAUGUUAGAAUCACUGCCUCCUCCUCAGACCAUACGCGCAUGCAUGCGCACACAGAUGACACAGAUUGAGGCUUCUAAAUGAGGCUAUUUCCUUAUGAAGACAUGGUCUGCACCUUUUGUAAGCUCUUUUAAAAUAUAAUCACAGUGAUUACAUACAUAAAUGCAUGUAUUCAUUGAGGGGUAUAUAUUCUAAACAGUAGUUUUUAGUUUACAUUUGCUUUUUUUUCCACUUUCAGUGUGGACCACUCCACACCACCUUUUAAACUUCUCCAAUUAUUUACACAUUUAGUAUUGCAAAAAUUAAAGAUUUUAAAAAAAAAUUGUAUUUGUGUUGAUGCAAUAAAUGAGAGAGAUGGAAAUUGCGGUUGAAUACACACACAGCAAAUAAUUGCUUUGGUCCUUAUGUACAAAACAAACUGAAGCUGGAUCCUUAAGGGGUUAAAGAUGCUUUAUACAUCAGUAUUGCAUGUCGUGGGUUUUAAUUUUGAAAUAUGUCCUUCAGGAGAACCAAAAUCUACAUUUAUAUUGUUCCCCUUUUUAGUACUCUGCAUUGUUCUAUAUGAAUAUAAUACCUGAGCCUAUUAGUUUCAGCAUUGUUGGACCCAAAUUAAAUAUAAACACUGCCAGGACUGCUAUUUUCAACAGUCUUAUUGUUGGCAACCCAAAUAAACAGCAAUUUAUGCAAGAAUUGUAUCUUUGAAGCUCCUUUAAUUGGGAUAUAUCUACUAAACAGUGAUUUUUUUUAAAUAGGUUUUUGUGGAAUGUUCCUUUAAUUAUAUAAUGCUUACGCUCUAAAUGCUGUUACUCCUUGUGGGGGUUGUCGCACAUGGAAGUUCCUGUCCCUGUCUACUUUGAUCAUGUUUAUUUUUGCUGCAGUUACUUGCAGUUAUAUAUACACCCUAUCACAGCUUCCUUGUGUCCCCUCUAAUUAAAUCGUAGCACAACUGCUCUCCCACUAUAAUUAAAUCAAUACCACCUGCAACCUGAAAAAUUUCUCGAAACCAAGCCGUAUCACAGGGUAAUCAGUGUGUUAAAGCUCACCUAUCCGAAUCCUGUGAAUAACUCCUUCAUUUUACAUCUCUGGUCCAAGAGACACACCGCUAAGAGUGUAGAGCACAGUAUUACAAUAUCUUUAGCUUGACAUUAUUAAAGGGGGAAAAAAAAGCAUUUUUGUUUUUGAAUAAUCUUUGCAGAAAAUAAUCUAUAAAUAAUUAUCACUUUUUUUUUAGCGUCGCAACAUUUUUUUUUUAUUAUUAUUUUUUUAUUUUUUUUUACACCUAUAGAACCAAAUUUAUUUUAUUUUUUUUAAUUAUAUCCUGCACUUUAUGUAAAAUAACCGUGUCUGUUUUACGGGUCUGGAGUGUCCCUUUAAGCUCACUUCUCCUGACACACAACCCCUUCUGCAUCUUCCUGUCACACAGUGUAAUCAAGGGAUGGCCAUAAGGAAAAUCUGCAGCUGUUAGAGAAGUAAAACAUCUAUUAACAUAUCUUUGCCUAUUUCUAUAUAUUAUACACAAGAAGAGAAGACUUAAACUCAGCUCUUGAUACAGUAGUAAAUCAAUCUGGGGCAAGAAACAUCCAGAAUGUAAGUGAUUUUGAUGUUUUGUGUGUGUUUUAAUUGUCAUUUGUUUCCAGUUUAGUGUGGAUUUUUUUUUUUUUGUGUCCUUCUUCAGUUAUUACUGCUCAGGACUCGGAUAUUGUAGCGGAUGGCACUGGGCUGUCCUGCAAAUGUCUUGUGAAUAACUGCAUUCGUGUGAUUUGCUAGUUUUAUAUGUGUUUAAAAGAAUUGUAUUCCUCUGAUUGUUCGGUAGAAUCAUUCGAAUAAACUAAGGGAAUGAAACUACCGAACAAUCAGACCUCCCCUGUGUUAAGUGUGACCUCAAUUACCCGUUGCAACAUUGUUGCGAACGGGUAAUUGACAAGUUAAGUAGCCGUCCUUUGUUCUCGGGGGUGGCCGCCAUUCGACAAACGAACGCGUGGCGGCGGCCAUUUUAAAACUCCUGAACAGCGGUGUUUUGCCGUCGAGUGUCUGGAACUCAAAUCGGACACUCGACUAGGCGAACACCGCUGAAACCUCCACAAGCCCGGUCCGUUCGGUUCCAAACUACCGAACGGCCCCUCGUUCGGUAGAUAGAAAGAACCGAACGAAGGGAUUCAGGCGAACCCUCCCUAGCCUCUAUAGCUAGAGGCUUUCGUGCAGUUUGUUCCCUUAUUCCAGGACCGACCGCAGGGCCCAUUCGCAUGGAACCGCAUUCGGCUAUUUCAGUCAGUGCGGUCGGUCAUUUUAUUCCCUCCAUAAAUUUCCCGAACCCCUGGUCUGAUCUGGGUGAUUUUUGGAUAUGUUGUUCACCCAGAUCAGGACUAUCAGGGGAUGUAGGAUUUAAAGGGGUACCCCUACGUUUAUGGGUACAUUCAGAAGUGGGGGGAAUUGCUAGACUGGAUAAGGGGAUUAUGAUGUUGGCUGAGGGGAGGAGAUGUGUGGGAGGUUACCAGGACAGGAUUGGCUACUGUACUAAUGAUUGUAAAUCCCUCCCUUGCAUGGGAGCAUGCUUUAAAAGGACACUAUGGAUUAAAAGAUUUCAGUUCUGCUCCUGAAACUGUGUGUCGUCCAGUUAUUGGGAUUGCUGUGGGAUAUUGCUGUUAUUUUACCUGCUGGAAACCUUAUCUGUGGAUUUACUAUUUACUUGUUCCUGAGCCUCACUUGGAGUAUAAGCGGAGAUAACCUGGGAAAUAUUGCAUCUCCGCUACAGAUAUGUUACAAAGAAAACCUAUAGUUUUUCCUUAUCCGACCGACCCUGACCAUAAGGGAAGUCUACAAAUGAAAUGCUAGCAAGUUCCUUUGCAAAAGAGAUGCAACAACCCCGAAUAAUCAUUCCAGCCUUCUCUGGGCCUCGUCAGCGAGGUGUACCCGAUACCUCUCUAGGUAGAGAGAGCAUGGGAUCCACAUCUCGAUUACCCUUUUAACUUGGGGAGACCUUAACUAAACGCAUUGCAACAAAUACAGAGAAUUUGAGAACAAGCAAAUAUUUUCAGGAACUUCUUGCACCAUUACAAAGAGAACCUAUGCCUCUAGUUCAGAGGUAGCUUGCCAGCAUUUCUGAUCUGGACUGCCCUUAUGGUUGAGUUCAGUCAGAUAUGUAAAUGGUAUAGGUUGUCUCUGUUAUGGCCUUAAUGAGCAAAAGCAUUUUUGAGACCUGAGAUGGUAUUAACUGAAGGUCUAGCUAUUGAGAUUUGAAUCUUAAUAAUGUGAUUUAAUUAUUUUCUUUCUAUUAUGAUUUAUCUAUGAUCAAUAUAUAAAAUUAAGAAGAAAACUAAAAACAGUACAUUUUAUAAAAUAAUCCGAUAAGGAAUGGGUGUUGUGCUAAUUCAACUACAUCAUAUAGCAUCUGUCAUUGGACCUUAAAGGGACACUGUAGGCACCCAGGCCACUUCAGCUAAUUGAAGUAGUCUGGGUGCUGUGCCCCUUUUGCACUUAGUGCUGCAGUGUAAAACAUUUGCAGUUCCAGAGAACUGCAAUGUUUACAUUGCGCCUCUAAGUCUGCCCUCUGUGGCGGUCUGUCACACAGCCACUAGAGGGCUUCCAGAAUCCAAACUGACUUUUGGUCCGUUAUCUGACGCUGGAGGUUCUCACAGACCACCAGCGUCUGAUUUUCCCCAUAGGAAAGCAUUGAAUAAUGCUUCCAUAUGGGGAGGUCUAACGAAUGCGUGCGGCAAUUGCGGGCGGAGCCUGACCCAGCGCCAAAGGACAUCGGCGCUGGAUUCAGGUAAGUGGCUGAAGGGGUGGCCCAUAGGGAGGGGGGUGGGGGGGACAUAUGAACUCUAUAGUGCCAGGAAAACUACUUUGUUUCCCUGGCACUAUAGGAUCCAUUUAAAGAGAAAAUGUCACUUUCUAGGAUUUUUUAUGUUAAUGUUUACUUAUUCCUUUAAACAAUGUGUUUUGUGAGGUUUAAAAGAAAAAAAUUAACUCCGAUGUAGAAAUUCACACCUCUUUAUCCUGCUACUGGAUGCCUCCAUUUUGUCUCCCUGUCAAUUAUUGUUAUAUACUCUAUCCUUUGCACCUGGCAGUUGGCAAUGAUAAAACAAAGAGAGAGAGAAAUGUUUUAGCUCUUCGUUUGCAAUGCUUGCCCAGGCUCGAAUUGUUAUGUAAUUUGCUAAACAUUUAAAAGAAAACAAAGCAGCUCAUGAAAAAUGUCUAGCACAGUUCAUAGGUGACUUUCUAUGUUUUUAUUCAAUGGUGUGCUUUUCAGAGAAGUGAGAAUUCCACUUUAAAAGGUCAAAUGCAUGUUUUGCAUACCUUUUAUUUGUAAAUUGCAUAUUUCUAAUUUAAUUGCUUAAGGGAGUGUGCAUUGAAUGGCCAGUAGAAUGCCCUUUUUUUGUAUUUUUAAGCAUGAUAAAGCUAUUUAUAUCUCUGCUUAUCUGGAGAACUGUGUCAAUCUUUCCUAGGUAAAACACAUGCGCAUUUGUUAAACUUAUGUCUACUUAAUGAAUAGUUUAUAGGUCACUUCCUUUUUUGUAUUUGGUUGUCCUUGUGAUGGAAUAUCUUUGUGUAAAUUAAAAAAAAAAAUAACUUGCAUAUGUUUCUCGACUCGUCCCAUAUGUAUCUUCAUCUACUAUCUAUUGCUCAUAUCCUGAGUCUGUAAUGGGUGCAAGGUACCACUUACCCUGCUGGCAGAGCGAUCCUUUGGAUAAGGAUGUUGGGAUAUGGAGUAUUUUCUACCCUGCUCCGGAACAGUUUUCAACCUGAUAAAAAAAAAAAAAGGACUCCCCUACGCCUCCCGAUUCCACCUGAAUUCACAGCCACUUAGCAACCCUAGAUGUACAAAAACCAAGAGAUAAGUCAACACCAAUUAACACACAAAAUACCUGAAGGCAGCAACCAAAAAAAAGGGGAUCCCUCAAGACCAGCAUUUCCCAAACCAGUCCUCAAGACCCACCAACAGUCCAGGUUUUGUUAGUAUCUCCAUUGGAAUAAAACAGGGAAAUACAUAAAUCCUGGACUGUUGGUGGGCCAUGGGGACUGGUUUGGGAACCACUGCUCAAGACCCUUAAAACUAAUAUAAAACAAGACAAGGAAAGGUUGCACCAAAGAUUAAAAAAAAUAUAAAUAAAUAAAUAUAUAUAUAAUCAAUAGUAGAGAUUGUCCUAGUAAGAGAUCCUCUUGUAUAGGUGAUUCAUGUAAUAGAUGAAUCAAUAUAAAGUACUUGAUAGAAAAAUAAAAGAUCCUCAGUUGAAACAAUGAGUCAAUUAAUCUGAGCGCUCCGAAUCCAUAUAUAAAAUACAAAAAAACGGAGAACAGCGGAUAGUGCAAUAAAUGUGAUUAGAGAAAUGUUAUAAGUAGAAAUAAUGGUAGUACACUCACAUUUAUGCGAGCUAUAGCCAGCUCUAGCGUAAUAGGUGUACAACGGUAUAAUCCCCACUUAUAGGAUAUGCAGCAAGAGUCCACCUCAGGAGCGAUAUCCAAAAAUCCACUCUUGGUCGGAGGGGGCAUUAGCUAACUCUGCCACCCACUGUGUUGGGCAACUAAAUGGCUUUUCUGGGAUGGAAUCCAUCAGGCCCGGUAGCAUAAAUAUAAUUUUAAGUUUCACUGGAGAACAUUCUCUGAAGGCCUUCAGAAUGAGGGCUGCGGGAGCUCAGCAGAGUUGCACACUUUUGCGGAGAUGAUGCUCUUAAUUUGUAAAUACUGGAAGAUGAGUUAGGCAAUGUAUAUUUGUUCUGGGAAGAAUAAUAUAGUACCUUGGGUACAAAGACCUCACAUCGAGGAAAUAACUGAUUUUUAACCAGUAAGUCACCGGGGACCUGACCCUUUUGGUGCAGGAAGCUUCUCCACUGCCUCCACAAUAGAGGCUCUAAAGUAUAGUAGGAGGUUGGGGAAACCCAGUCCACCUCUAUGAUUCUUGUACAGGGCCUUGUGAUUCCUAGUUAGCCCCUGGAUGGAUUAGUAAGGCAUGGUAACACCCUAUUCAGUGCAGAGUAUUGGGUAGUUCUCUCAUCAUAUUUACCAAGAGUAUAGGAAUAGCAAAAAGAGGAAAUCAAAUUGCUGCAACCAGGAGAUAGAUACUAACACUUACAAUUUUUAAAUGGGUAUAUUCAAAACCUCAAUAUUUGAAUCAAAAGUUUGCAGAAGUGGGAAGUCUGCUGUAAUGGUAACAGUUACAGCUUCAGUAUGCACAAACCAAGUGAAUAUGAAUAUAUAUAUAUAUUGUAUCAAGUGAAGGAAAUGAUGAUGAUAUCAGUCCUUAAUAUGUUUGAGAAACCAUAAACAAGCAGAACAGUCCUAAGGAGUCUUUUGAACUGUAUGCUCCUGUUUAUGUACGGCUGAAAUCCCUUCUAUUGAGGCAGCAGGGAAAACUAGCCAAUGGGAGCACAAUAUUACUCUAGUAACACACUCAUAAUAUCAUUAAUAGUAUGGUACAUAAAUGAUUUUGCAAUCCACUGUGUGAAAAAAUGUCGAUGUAGAAAUGUGUAAUAACCUUUGCUACAUAUAAAUCUAGUUCGUAACCAGCAAUGCUAUCCAUCCAACACCAGCCGUUAGUCUUUAUAGUAUAAAGUGCAGAAGCAUAUCUUUCAUCAAAAAAAAUGUAUUUUAUAAAAAUGUGUGUGUGUGUGUGUGUGUAUAUAUGUGUUUAUGUGUAUAUAUAUAUUAAAACCAAAGUCUUUUACAGACGGCACAAAAGUGUGGGAACCUUUUUCCGGAGUCUCACCACCCGCAGCCUUGGUACUCUGCUGUUGCUGACUUACAGAAGCCGGCUUGCAGACAGCUUCAGAGUCCUGUGUGUUGAGUGACUGAAGGGGAGAUUCGCUGCAUGCGUUCCACUUUGGUUCACUUUGCGUUCCAAUCUGUGUUGGUGUAUCGGUAAGAUUAUACUGUAAAGACCAACGGCUGGUGUUGGAUGGACAGCAUUGCUGGUUACUAACUAGAUUUAUAUGUAGAAAAGUUUAUUACACAUUUCUACAUUGACAUUUUUUCACAUAGUGGAUUGCAAUAUCAUUUAUAUGUACCAUACUAUUAAUGAUAUUAUGAGUGUGUUACUAGAGUAAUAUUGUGCUCUCAUUGGCUAGUUUUCCCUGCUGCCUCAAUAGAAGGGAUUUCAGCUGUACAUAAACAGGAGCAUACAGUUCGAAAGACUCAUUAGGACUGUUCUGCUUGUUUAUGGUUUCUCAAACAUAUUAAGGAAUGAUAUCAUCAUCAUUUCCUUCACUUGUUGAUACAAUUUAUAUAUAUAUAUAUAUAUAUAUAUAUAUAUAUAUAUAUAUAUUCACUUGGUUUGUGCAUACUGAAUUACUGUUACAUUGUUUAGCAGACUUGCUACUUCUGCAAACGUUUGAUUAAAAUAUUGAGGUUUUGAAUAUACCCAUUUAAAAAUUGUAAGUGUUAGUAACUAUCUCCUGGUUGCAGCUAUUUGAUUUCCUCUUUGCUAUUCCUAUUCUCUAUUUCAUUUUUUUCAGCCUAAGGUGUGGGUUGAUCUACUGGGAUUUGAGGAGUUACACACUUUUCUUGAGACCACUACCUAAACCUUCCUAUCUAUCCGAAAGGAAGUAAUUCCUUUUUGGUGACUCUUUAUUUUAAUAUUUACCAAGAGUGCCUCUAUCAGUGGAUGGCACUGUAUUAAUAAUGCUGGGGACAAUUACCGCUAACAUAGAUAUGCAAUGUGAAGCAAGCUCCCGUGCUGUGGCCUUUUGGCAAAGAGUGAAGGCCAGCCUUAUGCUCACAGACUAUGGGCCUAGUCCCAAGAUCCACUACAAACAGCUGUUUUGACUAGGGGAAAUGGGGUAUUGAAACCGCCUAGUUGCCUACUCUGCCUCCCAGACGGAAUUGGGGACCUCUGGGUAUUGCCUGUGCCCAUCCUGCACAUUGAGCAUCUGAUCGGGAGAUGCCCUGAAACGCUGUGGAACGGUUUGCCAGAUUGGGGCUGUGAUAUGUUCCCCCGGCCACCAAUCAGGCUAUUUAGGCAGAGGUAUCCAGGGAGAUAUAACAUGCAGGGCUACUGGCCUUCUCAGAGCCCCAGGAACCCAGUUUUGUAAGUUCGGGACAAAGCAGCCGCACACCUUGAAAUCUGAGCUGGAGCCGAAAAUAACUGUGAUCCUGUCAAACUUUUAACACUCUUACUCUGUGCGGAUUGUCUAUUUGGCCAGCGUGGGCACUAGAGGGUGAUGUCCAGUAAAAGGGUUUGGGUAGGCAAGGCAGGGAGUCUACCUCGUUAAUUGGGGAUGUCGCAACCAAGACCCCAAACAGUGGUGCCGUGGUGGGGCAACUGUAAGGGCAUUAUAGUUUAUGGAGGACCCCUUGAUGUGUGAAUUCACAUUUCUGUGUAUAAAUAGCGGUUUGUGUUUUAAAGCUGCAUUCUACUCCCCUACAUUCAAUCUCGGCUAAUGUGUGGAGGAAAAGAUAUCUAUAACCACUGCUUGACAGGAGAAAGGGUCUUCAGAGCUGCAGAGAGCUAUAACCACUGCAGACUGGUCCAGGGUGGAAGUGGUGUACAGAGACCCCAGUCAGGCUUCGUCGACUGGUUCUGAAGCUCUCCAGGGUCCCCUGAUAGCAGCUAGGAGGCAAACUUGGCGGAGGUACUCACUCGAAGUACAGUGGCUCCGUUACAUGCGGCUUAAAGGGACACUCCAGUGCCAGGAAAACAUAGUUUUCCUGGCACUGCAGGUCCCCUCUCCCUCUCACCCCCCAUCCCAUGUUGCUGAAGGGGUGAAAACCCCUUCAGUGACUUACCUGAGACCACCGCUGAUGUCGCUCCACCCACACUCCUCCCCCGCCAACGUAAGCCGGUGGGGGAGACUGAUUGCGCAUGCGCAUCCGCCGGCGGGAUGAGACCUAAUGCGUAUGUGCGGCAUUGGCAAGUCAUGUUAUAAAAACACACAAACAUAAGCCCUGUGCUCAAACUCAUUGCUGCUACCCACGAGUGGACAUCACGAGAGGUUUCUGUAGAUUAAGUGUAAUGUUUUCAUUAUGAUUCAAGCAUUCCAAACAAAGCUGAUUUACACGUUUCCUUUGAUGAAUUUGGCUUGAUUUUUUUUUGAUUUUUUUUUUUAUAUUUAUUUUUUUGACAAUUUAUAUUAAAAAUAUAGCUAGCUCUUUAAGUCUGUGAUAUGUCAUCCAUACAUGAAAAACAAGAUAUAAAGCUCUUUUUGCAGCAUCAAUCAUCGUUUAGUGUUUGCAGCCCGAUGUUGUGGACUACAUGUUUCGUCAUGCUUUGCCAGCAUUAUCGAUGUAGGAAAGUUAUGGGAAAUGUACUUCAUAAUAUAUGGAGUGCCAAAGGAUUCCUACCCAUGGUCUAGCUUUUUGUUUCCUCUAUUAGAAAAAUACCAUCUAUGGAACCUAAAGGCAUGUUCUGAUAAAAUUCAGUGUACCCUUGAAAGAAACACAUUUGUAAAAAUACGAAAAUGUAAAAACUAAAUUAUGGAUAUUUUCCAUCUGCCCCCUCCAUAUACUAUUACAAUGUAGAUGUAGACUGUGUAACUAUAUUGAUUAAAUUGAUUAGCACUUGGACAUCACAAACCCUUAGAACACUCUCUCACUAGGCUGUAAUGUAAACACUGCAUUUUCUCUGAAAAGGCAGUGUUUACAGCAAGAAGCCUGAAGGUAAUGAUUCUACUCACCAGAAAAAAUUCAAUAAGCUGUAGUUGUUCUGGUGAUUAUAGUGUCCCUUUAAGCUCAUUGAAGCUAAACUCAAGAAACAGGUAAUUACCUAGAGCACUUGCCUUGUUAAAAACUUCUCAUUGUGAAGUCUUUGAUUGGACAGCCACAGAAAGUCUUGGCUGGAGAAAAGUAGGGGGCUGUUUUGGGGUAUACACCCAAUGAAAAAAUAACAAAUUCAUGUUUUAAUUGGGGGCUAUAGCUACUAAACCAUGAUUUUUAAUUCAUAUUUGGGUAGUGGACUUUGCCGUUAACAUUGAUUCAGAGGGAUGUUUGCUUUCUUGUUGACUUUUUCAGUGUAUAAGUAUGCAAUGUGCUUUUAUAUUCUAGAAGUUUGCAUUAAUGGACCAGUUUUUGUUAUUUUUACCAUUUAUGUGUUUUUUAUUGAGGAGGAAUCUUUUGAGUUCAGAUGCACAAAGCUAAGAUUGUAGUAGCAAGCUGCACAGAUUCUUAUGCUGAAUGUUUUCUCGUUCAUGCUAUAAAGCCCUGACAAAUAGCAGGAUAUCUCAACAGAGGCCCUAUUUGUGAGGGGCUGCUCAGCCUGCAAGUUAUAUGCAUACACCAUUCACAAAUGGGGAGAUUAUGUGUAGAAAGCAAUACACGGGCAUACUUCUUAAAAAGUGGAGCAAUUGGGAGGAAUACUACAUAAUUUUCACAGUGAGUUCUGCAGGCAGAUUUAGGCAGGACCGUCACGAUUUUGGAGUUUCUUUCCCACCCAUCCCAAUUUAGUUAGCUGGUGUCCCACAUCUUGUACCCCAAGGGUAUGAUCCUCAGGAGAUACAGUGUGAGAGCAACUUUGGAUGGAUUGUGGGCUGUCCAGGCAUCACCGGUGUUGCAAGUCUUGUCACUGGUGACACCUUUUCUUAGAACUGUCCCAUCCCAAACUCAUAUGUCACCAUGUUGGGAGAUAUGUUUCUCCUUUUUUAGAUCUUUUACUCAGAACUACCCACUUUAUUAAAGUUUUAUUUAACCAUUAGUCAGCUAGUCCUUUAGUGUUUGUAGUUUUUUGGAUUUCAUCAUACAAAGAUGAAAUUACGUUGAAAAAGCAGACUGCGUUGCAGUUCCCAUUUUUUGUUUUUUUGUUUUUUUGUAAAUGUCUUCAAGUAAUCACUAUAGAAAAAUAUAAGAUGAUUGAUUACCUAAUGGUUGCGUUUAUACAUAAUUGUGCAAUAGAUGUUACAUUAUGUACCUUGUCUCAUUAAUAACCUUUUUUGGAUGUAUAAUUUUUAUAUAUAUCUAUUUAUUUUUUAUUUAUUUUUUAUUCUGCAGUUUAACUUGGCUAUUUCGCCCAGCUGAUACAAAGUCCAAAUAUGGCAGUCAAUAAACCUAAAGGGCAGAAUUCUCUGGCGUUGCACAAAGUUAUUAUGGUAGGCAGUGGUGGUGUGGGAAAAUCAGCCCUGACCCUCCAAUUUAUGUAUGAUGAGGUAAGAACUUUUUUAUAUAUAUAUUUUUUUUUUAUACUUGAAUUGUGUGGUUAAUGUAAAAAUGAUUUAUAGAAAAUAUUGUGCACACAUAUGUAAAUCCAGUUAAUAUCUUUAAUUAUGGUUUGAUGUAUGUCAAUAUCUAUCUUAGGCAGCACAAUAUUCUAAUUUAGGCCAGUGAGUAACAUGCAUAUUUAGUGUUUUAUUAUUUAGCUCCCCUAGAUGUUAAAAAUAACCGUAAUUUCAGAUGAUUUUGUACACACAGAAAAAGGUAUGGAAAAUUAAAAAAAAUAUAGUAAUUGCUUUGAUGUUUGCUUAUGUUUAACAAAUGUAUCCAUUGGACCAAUUUGGAAUAUUGAACCUUUUAAUAGGUUGACAUUUAGUUCUAAAUAUUCGAAUGAUAUCUCUUUCACUUUUUUUUUUACAAAUGAAGCAAUACUGACUAUUUUAAAGAGGCUUUAUCACUUACUGGGGUGUAUACAUAUUUUACAAAGACCCUCGAUGGUGGCAUUGCCACUUGGUGAGCGGUGGCCCAGGAGUGCAUCAGCAGAUAAAUAUAUAUAUAGCAGGGAGAGAAGGGGAAAAUAUAUCAUGUAGUAUGUCACUGUCCAAAUAAAUAGAAUAAAACAAAAGAAAUACACUCACAAUUUCCUGGAGCUAAAAUUGUAGCUCCAACCUUAACGCCUGGGUGGAACAAUCCCCACCUGUGGAUAUAGUGUGGUUCUUGGUGGUUGCAGUCACUCAAAUGGUGGAAACAUAAGCGCCUCUGCGGAUAUGGGCUUAGGAUAUUUUAAUGUAGUGCCCACUUGUAAGUAUAGAUGAUGGUCUUUUCCAUUUGAUGGAGCAGAUGUGGACUGCUCUAUUCCCUCAGGCUUGGGUGGUACAAUCCCCACCACGGAUACGGCAGUUCAAGCAGAAUAGCUUGAACUACCGUAUCCAUAACUUUUUAGAUAAAUAUAAUUAUCUAAUGCUGCCACCUGCAGGCAAUGGCAUCUUCUCUCUUCAGCUCCUGGCAAUUCAUCUGCAAUACAGAAAAAAGGAUUAGCGCUCUCUAUCUAAACAACGCACAACAAAAAAUAAAUAAAAGGGUGGCAGCACACCUAAAAUAGGGCUCCCUCACAGGCCCUAUAACAUAAAUCACAUAUGACUAUCACAUAUGACAAGCUGGAGAAGUAGAAAAUAUAUACACAAUAGCUAAAAAUUCUAUGAGAUGGAUAAAUCCAAAAUGGAAACCUGUCCGUGGAGGAUGAUACAGUCUUGAUAGUAGGUGUAUUCCUGAAUGUGGUAUAAAUAAAUCCUUGAAGUUCAUAUGAAAUGUAUAAAGAUAACUAAUGCUGCAGUUUUUCACAAAUAAGGGCUAAAUACAGUAUAGAGAAUCUAUAUGGUCCUACUUACGUUUGAUAGCUAUCUGCUUAGCUCUAGUGUUAAUAGCGUACAGUGGUACAAUCCCCACUUAUAGGGUACGUGAGGUCUAUGUGUAGUCUUGCUUGAUGUAGGAACUAUAUAAAAAAUAAAAGCGACAGCAAUAGUGCUUAAAGUAUAAAACCCAGAGGUGAGAUGAUAAAAUAACAAGUGGUUACUCACAUUUGGUUGAGCAGACUAACUGCUCAAUGAAUACAGCUCGAGUGGUAUAAUUCCCACCUAGGAUUCUUUGGAGUAAAAUUCCUCACUGGAAAGUUAACGUCUGGUACCAGGUAAAAAGGAUAGUGAUAAUGGCAAUAAAACUAGUAUAUUAAAAAAAGUAAAAAGGCUAACUCGUAAACAGAAAGUGGCCAAAAUACCUUUAUUUAAAAAUACUGUUAUAUUAAAAACCAGAACGCGUUUCGCCCUUAGGCUUUUUCAAGUGGAGUGGUCUAAUUUUUUUAUUAAAGGUAUUUUACGUGAUUAUUAGAGCAACGCUCUGGAAAAAAAACUGCACUCACAAGAGGAAGAGAGACACGGUCUGUACCCUGCAGAGGUACAGACCAAAUAAUCUGCCGGCUGGACCACCAGGGAUCUGUGUGCGGUGUACCCUCUCUCACUGGAGGUAUCUGCAUGCUCCCUCUCCCCCCUGCAAGGUUAUAAGGGGAGUAAAUGUGUUUGUUUUUUUUUGUUUUUUUUAUUAUUAUUAUUAAAUUAUUUAAGCCCAUAUCCAACCACUAUAUACACAUUCCCUUAAAUACUUAACACACAAACACACUACACACACUUUAUACCCCUAUAUACACACUGUACCCCCUGCACUACCAUACUGCACUUUAUCCCUAUAUACACAAUGCACCCCCUGCACUAACACACUACACACACUUUAUCCCUAUAUACACAAUGCACCCCCUGCACUAACAUACAAACACACUACACACACUCUAUACAACUAUAUACAUACUGCACUCCCUGCACAAACACACUACACACACAUUUACUUUGUUUAAGAGCACUGAAUGCUCUGGAGGAGCGUCACGUUAACAUACUCAUUUGGCGGUGGGGGGCGUGCGUGUCAGUGGUGGUGAUGCUACACGCCCCCUUUCUUGCUUUUCUGCCUUUAAUUGCCCAGGCUGAAUUUUUGUCGCAGUCCGGCCCUGUACACACAUACUACUGUACCUAUUCCCUACAAUGGCCCCUAUCCUGGCAGACCCCAUGUAAGUUGUCAAACUGUUCUUAAAUAGUUUGACAACGUACCCUGGGAAGGCACCACGGCACUACUGGAACCAUACCACUACAGAGUGCUUUCGUGGUUAUUGUGCCUGCAUUGUUUCUUUAAAUAAUCUACCAGUGCCCCUCCUGAGAUUAGGUUCUGGAUCCGCCCUUGACAGGAAAACAUUACUGCUGAACAUGGGCCCUGUAUAUGAUGCAGCCAUCUACAUGUAUACAACCUAGACAUUUCUCUGACUUUGGGCGCCUUGGAAAACUAUUGAAAUAUUAAGGACGCCCUGAACCUAAAAAGUUUGGGAAUCACUGGUUUACAGGAAAUUAAUAGGAAAGAAGAGAUGAUGAGAUAAGGAUUGCAUUGGGUUUCUGUUAUGGGAGGGUGAAUACAGUAGGUUUGGAGGAAGAUUAAAUCCAGAAAAAUGUAAUUUAGACUAGAGAUUUUAAAUCGAUUCAGUGAUUUCUAAUGUCAAGUGGCAGUUUGCCUGUUAGAGUAUCCAAGGUAAGAUGCUGCAGCAUUAGUCUCUGUGAAGAAUGAUUUUCUACUGAUUAGACUCCCAUGUAAGUGUAAAUGUUUGCAAAGUAAUAACUGUAGAAUUGUGAGUGUACUGUGCACUGCUCUUAUCCACUGAGGAUGCUUUAGGAGCUCUAGAGCAAAGAGUCAAGUCCUGGGGAAAAAGUGUGGGAACUCAACCAAGAUCCAUCCCAUCCCCCACCCAUCCACCCAAAAGCAUCUUUACCUGUGUGUCUCUUAACCCGCCUUUUGUUUCUUAUCCCUUUUUUUUUUUUAAAUGUCUUACCCCCUUUGGUGCAUUUUAUCCCCUAUUUUUUACCAUUGUGUGUCUUACUCCCCCAGCCCCUUUGUGUCUUUUACUCUUACCAGCUCCAUUGUGUGUUUCUCUUUUACUACCAGCCCGUGUAUCUCCUCCCAGCCCCUCUGUGUCCUUUUCACCCCCAGCCCCUUUGUCAUUCCCCUCCCAGGCCCAUCUGUGUGUCUUUCUCCCUCCUCAUGUCCCUUUGUGUAUCUUUCUCACCACUCAGGCCCCCGUGUGUGCCACUCUCCCCUCCAUGUCCCUUAGUGCUGCUCUCUCCUCCCCUCCAUGUCCCUUAGUGUUGCUCUCUCCUCCCCUCCAUGUCCCUUAGUGUUGCUCUCUCCUCCCCUCCGUCUCCGUUAGUGUUGCUCUCUCCUCCCCUCCGUCUCCGUUAGUGUUGCUCUCUCCUCCCCUCCGUCUCCGUUAGUGUUGCUCUCUCCUCCCCUCCCUCUCCGUUAGUGUUGCUCUCUCCCCCUCCCUCUCUCCUCCCCUCCCCUCCGUUAGUGUUGCUCUCUCCUCCCUCCCCUCCGUUAGUGUUGCUCUCUCGUUACCUGUUACUCUCUCCUCUCCUCCCUCUCCGUUAGUGUUGCUCUCCCCUCUCCCCUUACCUGUCUUAGUGCCCCCCAUUCCCAUUAAUGUUCCUCUCCCUUCUCUUUUAAUGGUCCCCUCUACCCCAGUGUUCUUUCUCCCCCUCCCCCAUAGUGAUUGGUGCAGUGUUUUGCCGCGCGUGCGCAUUAACCUCCCAAUGCUUUCCUAUGGCAGAAGCUGAGGUUAUCAAUUCUGAGGACGGGCACAGUGCUGGAAUAAAUGUAAAUGUUAACCCUAUUUAAGGGGAAAUGGGGCAACAGCCACUUAACAUUUUGUAUUCCUGAUCCUAUGUUUCUUUAACUGUCCAAAGUGGAUCUCUGCUUUCUAUACUUUAUUUGGGUUCUCUGGCCUUAAAUUAGAAAUUCACAUUGAAUUACUGCAUGGGUAAAUAAUCCUUUUGUGUGUUUUUGUUCAUUUUAACUUGAUCCACUGGUCUCCUCGCUCAUACUUUUUCAGGGUUAUUCGCUAAAGUGAGAAUUAUCAGGAUUUAAAGUGAAUUUCAAAUUUAAGGCCAAAAUAGCCAGACUGAAAUCAAAAGUAAAAUUGUCAAAUUGUUUUGUCUUGUUUGGCAAAUCAUUUGAAAUUCACUUUGAAUUCCUGGCAAUUCUUGCUUUAGUGAAUAACCCUGUUUUCACAAAGUAUGCAGUGUUUAAAGGACCACUCUAGGCACCCAGACCACUUCAGCUUACGAAGUGGUCUGGGUGCCAGGUCCCUCUAGGAUUAACCCUUUUUUUUUUUUUUUUUCAAAAAUGCUAUGUUUAUAAAUGGGUUAAUCCAGCCUCCAAAUCCUCUAGUGGCUGUCUAAUUGACAGCCACUAGAGGCGCUUGCGUGCUUCUCACUGUGAAAAUCACACUGAGAACACGCAAGCGUCCAUAGGAAAGCAUUGUAAAUGCUUUCCUAUGAGACCGGCUGAAUGUGCGUGCAGCUCCUGCCGCGCAUGCGCAUUCAGCCGAAGAGGAGGAUCGGAAGCGGAGAGGAGGAGAGCUUCCCGCCCGGCGCUGGAAUAAAGGUAAGUUUAACCCCUUUCCUCGCCAUCCAGCCCGGUGGGAGGGGGUCCCUGAGGGUGGGGGCACCCUCAGGGCACUAUAGUGCCAGGAAAACAAGUAUGUUUUCCUGGCACUAUAGUGGUCCUUUACGUUAUAUACAUUGUCAUGUCUUUGUAAAGGCAGCAAAUGCUUUACUAGCCGAGAAUGAACUGUGAAAAGUUUGCACUCACUAGAGACUAGCUCGUUGGUAGGACACCUUCAGCACUCCAGAUAUUGUGAAGUUGGUCUAACACAAUGCUCUUAAAGUCGUAUUACUGACAAAACAUUAGAGGAAAUGUAGUCCACAACACCUGAAGUACUAAAGAUUGACUAGACUAUCUGGUGGAUACCUAAACCACAAAGUGUAGUAAAUUUUGGUUUUCAGUUCACUACAGUGCAGUGUUUACUGAAUAAACCAAUGUUGUCUAUUAAUUUUAGAUGCGUUAAUUGUUUAUAGUGACCCUCCACUCGGUCUGGUAUUUGCUGGUUUUACAAUCACACAGACAGGACGUACAGGAAAAGCUGUAAAAUGUACAGCUGAAAAAUAUACAAUUAAUUAAUCAUUGUGUGAUUUUUUUUGAUUUUUUUUUGUGUGUGUUUGUUUUUUUUGUUUUUUUGGGGGGGGGGAUCGAUAAUGUAUUUUUUUUAAAAAAAUUGGGGUGCUUAUCUGGAACAGGAUAUAACUAAUUAAACUGCAAUUAUACAUAACCAGGGUUUAAACAUAGAAACAUAGAAUGUGACGGCAGAUCAGAACCAUUUGGCCCAUCUAGUCUGCACAAUUUUCUAAAUACUUUCAUUAGUCCCUGGCCUUAUCUUAUAGUUAGGAUAGCCUUAUGCCUAUCCCACUAAUGCUUAAACUCCUUUACUGUGUUUACCUCUACCACUUCAGCUGGAAGGCUAUUCCAUGCAUCCACUACCCUCUCAGUAAAGUAAUACUUCCUGAUAUUGUUUUUAAACCUUUGUCCCUCUAAUUUAAGACUAUAUCCUCUUGUUGUGGUAGUUUUUCUUCUUUUAAAUAUAGUCUCCUCCUUUACUGUGUUGAUUCCCUUUAUAUAUUAAAUGUUUCUAUCAUAUCCCCCCUGUCUCGUCUUUUCUCCAAGCUAUACAUGUUAAGAUCCUUUAACCUUUCCUGGUAAAUUUUAUCCUGCAAUCCAUGAACCAGUUUAGUAGCCCUUCUCUGAACUCUCUCUAAGGUAUCAAUAUCCUUCUGAAGAUACGGUCUCCAGUACUGCAUACAAUACUCCAAGUGAGGUCUCACCAGUGUUCUGUACAAUGGCAUGAGCACUUCCCUCUUUCUACUGCUAAUACCUCUCCCUAUACAACCAAGCAUUCUGCUAGCAUUUCCUGCUGCUUUAUUACAUUGUCUGCCUACCUUUAAGUCAUCAGAAAUAAUCACCCCUAAAUCCCUUUCCUCAUAUGUUGAGGUUAGGACUCUAUCAAAUAUUCUGUACUCUGCCCUUGGGUUUUUACGUCCAAGAUGCAUUAUCUUGCACUUAUCCACAUUAAAUGUCAGUUGCCACAAUUCUGACCAUUUUUGUAGUUUACCUAAAUCAUUUGCCAUUUGGCUUAUCCCUCCUGGAACAUCAACCCUGUUACAUAUCUUAGUAUCAUCAGCAAAAAGACAUACCUUACCAUCAAGACCUUCUGCAAUAUCACUAAUAAAAAUAUUAAAGAGAAUGGGUCCAAGUACAGAUCCCUGAGGUACCCCACUGGUGACAAGUCCAAGCUUCGAAUAUAUUCCAUUAACUACAACCCUCUGUUGCCUGUCACUCAGCCACUGCCUUACCCAUUCAACAAUAUUGGAAUCCAAACUUAAAGAUUGCAGUUUAUUGAUAAGCCUUCUAUGUGCAACAGUGUCAAAAGCCUUACUGAAAUCUAGGUAAGCAAUGUCUACUGCACCACCCUGAUCUAUAAUUUUAGUUACCCAAUCAAAAUAAUCAAUAAGAUUAGUUUGGCAUGAUCUCCCUGAAGUAAACCAAUGUUGUCUCUGAUCUUGAAAUCUAUGUGUUUUUAGAUGUUCAACAAUCCUAUCCUUUAACAUGGUUUCCAUCACUUUCCCCACUACUGAUGUAAGGCUUACUGGCCUUUAGUUGCCUGACUCCUCCCUAUUACCUUUCUUGUGAAUGGGCACAACAUUUGCUAACUUCCAAUCUUCUGGGACUACUCCUGUUAACAAUGAUUGGUUGAAUAAAUCUGUUAAUGGUUUUGCUAGUACACCACUAAGCUCUUUUAAUAGCUUUGGGUGUAUUCCAUCAGGUCCCAUUGACUUAUUUGUCUUUACUUUUGACAGUUGAUAUAGAACCUCUUCCUCUGUAAACUCACAUGUAAUAAAUGACUCAUUUAUCCUUUUUCUUAACUGAGGUCCCUUUCCUUCAUUUUCAUCUGUAAAUACCGAACAAAAAUAUUCAUUGAGGCAGUCAGCUAGACCUUUAUCCUCUUCUACAUACCUUCCUUCUUUUGGUUUUAAUCUAACUAAUCCUUGUUUUACUUUUCUUUUCUCAUUUAUGUAUCUAAAAAAAGUUUUGUCCCAAUCUUUUUACUAACUGUGCUAUUUUCUCUUCUGUGUGUGAUUUGGAAGCUCUUAUAACUUGCUUAGCAUCUUUCUGCCUAAUCCUUUAGAUCAUUCUGUCUUCCUCACUCUGGUUUUUUUUAUAAUUACUAAAUGCUAACUUUUUCUUUUUGUUUUUUACUAUUUUGGCCACAUCAUUUGCUGAAAUCUGCCAUGCACAUUAGCCAGAUAAUUAACAUUUGAUUUGAGUAUUAGAGGGGCACUAUAGACAUCAGAAGUACUACAACCUCAGCAGUGUAUUUUUGAGAAAAGGCAGAUGUUACAGCAUUGCCUUCUGCCACCUCUAGUGAAAGUUAUUCUGACAAACAAUAGAGGGAAAUCCUGGAUCUAGACCUGCAAAGAUUGCAGGAUUGACAUUCAAAAAGCUCAGCGAGUCAAUGGAUCUCUGAAGAGAAUCUGAUUGGCACAGCAAUCUGCAGCGCAUGCGCCAUAGUCUCCCAAUUGGGACGCAUUUUAGUUGACUGAGAGGAUGAAUGAUCUAAGCUGGGUCGACAGGGAAUCUGGAUGGAGUCUAGCGUGACGGGGUAAUAAAUGUAAGUAAAAUUUGUGUGGAUGCCUAAAUGAAUAGAAAAGCUGGACUUUUAUUUCUGCUGCUGAAUACACUGGAUUACAGUUCCAGGGUUUCUGCACUUUCAACUUAUCCACAAUGAGUGCUCCAUAUAUAUUGUAUAUACUGGAUAAAGUACAACGAGUUAUCAUUAAUGGUAAAUUUUCAAGCUGGACAAAAGUAGUAAGUGGCGUCCCUCAGGGUUCUGUUUUUAUUCUGCUUCUAUUUAACAUUUAUAAAUGAUCUUGAAAUAUGCACUGAAAGUAAUGUUUUAGUGUUUGCAGAUGACACAAAACUUUGUAAAGUAAUAAAAUGUGAGCCUUAUUUUGCUGCAGAAGGAUUUAGAUAGAUUGGGGGACUGGGCACUAAAAUGGCAGAUGAAAUUUGAUGUAGAGAUCUGCAGUUGCUAAGGCCAGUAAGGUAUUUGCAUGUAUAAAUAGAGGCAUAAAUUCUCGGGAUGAAAAUAUAAUUUUGCCUCUUUAUCGCUGGUAAGACCACACCUUACAUAUGCUGUCAAAUUUUGGGCGCCUGUUCUAAAGAAGGAUAUCAUGGCACUAGAAAAAGUGCAGAGACAAGCUACAAAAUUGAUCAAAGGAAUGGAGCAUUUUAGUUACGGAGAAAAGUAAAAAAAAUUAAAUCUCUUUUUAGUUUGGGAAAAACGGGUCCUCAGAGGUGAUAUAACAUUAUACACAUGUAUUCGGGGCCAGUACAAACCAUUAUCUGGAAAGCUGUUCAUAAACAGGGCUAUACAUAGGCUUAGACUAAAUCUCCUUUCUUCCAGCCUUAAUGUGUGACCUUGUGUCCUAAGGCAAAGAAAAGUGGGGGGGGGGGUUGUGUUUUUUUGUUUUGGUUUUACACAAACGACUACAAUGAUGUGGAAUUCUCUGCCUGAAGAGGUGGUUUUAUCAGUCCAUACAGAUGUUUAAACAGAAAUUGGAUAAAUACUUCCAAAAACAUAACAUACAGGGAUAUAAUUUCUAAUUAGUGGGGUAAUAGCUGCUUGAUCCAAGGAGAUAUCGGACUGCCAUUUUGGGGUCAAGAAGGAAUUUUUUUCCUAGUUUGUUGCAAAAUUGGAAGCGCUUCAGACUGGGUUUUUUGCCUUCUUUUGGAUCAACAGCAAAAACAUAUGUGAGGAAGGCUGAACUUGAUGGAUGCAAGUCUCUUUUCAGCUAUAUAGCUGAUAAUAGUAAAUAAAACUGGUCUUUAAAAUGGCCGUCACCUUUAGGAAUAUUUUGCAAAGACCCCUAAAGCUUACACUCUACCACUUUCAAAUGUCUGCUAGGGGAAAAUGGUUAUGCACAAAAGGAAACUGAACAUUUUACAUUUUAAAGUAAUCAAAAGUCUAGGUUACCAAAUUUGUGCCAUUUUCUUUUUCUUCUUAACCCCUUAAGGACCAAACUUCUGGAAUAAACAUCCAGCCGUGCAGUCUCUCCAGGAUGGGGAAGAGAUGAACUAUAUACAUGUGAAAUAGUGAUUACAUUUUAAAAUACACACAGGUUCCAAAACGUUCUAUAAAGGAAUGCUGUAAAUAACAUGACCGCUACAAAGUGCUCUUGUGGUUAUAGUGUCAGCAUGUCUCCUGGCACAGCCCAGUGGUAAACUGUUAAACCAUUUAAAAAUAUUUUACACGUACCUGUCUCUUUCAAUUUUCUUUUGUCUUUCUAGUCUAGACUGGCAUGGUAAAGCGGAAGUUUGGUUAACUCAUAAUAUGAGAUGUGUUUUUUUUAUUGGCUAAGGAUGUUGACUGAGAGCUCUCAGCCAAUAAAGAACGCCCAGCUUGUGAGAAGUUAACUGAUAAUGUGGAAGUAUGGACUGCUGCUUUACCACACUAUCUCAGAUGUGAAGACAGUGUUGGCACAUUUCAGAGACAUGCACUGUAGUGGUUAUGGUGCUUAGUGUCCCUUUAAUGUUGGGUUCAUUUAUGAGUAGGUUUUUCUGACACUUGAAAUUACCAUGUGUGAUAAUAUUCCAUAUUGAUUAAGAAUGAUUGAUCACUAUUGAGCAAAUCAAACUAUUAUAGAUUGUCAAGAUGGCGCUGGUACACCGUACUGAAAAUGUUAAUAACUACAAAACACAGUACCAGAAUGACUCAUGCAUCGCUUCAAGAGAUAGUUAUGAGAACAGAACUAGCUUUUUAGAUAAGAGAAAUUAACCGCACAGAUCUGGCAUGGCAUUGUUGUUGGGACUGGAAAGCCUGGCCAGCUGCAGGUCCCAUCCAACACUUUUGCAAGGUCUUUGCUGGACUUCACUGAUAAGAAGAUUUGAUGGAAAAGUAUAGACUAUUCACCCUAUUGAUUAUUAAGUUUCUUAUAAAAGACGAGAAAACUUGGCACUCAUUUGGAGUACUACCCACCUGUAAUACGGAUGCGAAUUGCUGAUUUCCCAGUAAGAAAGGGUCCCCUUCAAGCCUGACUGCCAGAAGUUCUCUCAGUCUAGUGCAGAAAGCCUCUCUUAUGGUGAUGUAUACUUAAGCUGAUGUCUAUAUAUUUGAGCUGUUUCUUUAAGUCGUUUUUAUAUUCAGCGGUUUCCUUAAGAUUAAAGAAGUCUUUGUUAAUCAACAUAGGCGUGCGCACGGGGUGUGCCGGGUGUGCCUGGGCACACCCUAAUCCUGCGGCACGCCUAUGUAUAUUGAGACCGGCAGGGGAGAUCUCAGGAUCUCCCCUGUUGGCUCAUGCAGAGCCGGCGCUAUCUGAGCGCCGGCUCUGCUCUCAGCCUCCCUCCCCACUGACCCAUAUGCAGGGAGGGAGGCAGGAGAGGACCGGCGGAGCUAUUGCCUGCAGCUCCGCCGGGUUCCUCUCGCGAGAUAUGAGCGUUGCCAUGGCAACGCUCAAAUCUCGCGAGAGUGAACUCUAGCCCCACAGGGGCUAGAGUUCACUCUCCACUGGACCACCAGGGAUGGAAUCAGAAGCAACAAGGAUCCCCCCUCCCUACAAAAGGUAAGAAGGGAGGGGGGGUAGCAAGUAAUGUACCCCCACCUCCACCCCCACAAUCACACACAUACAGCACCCACACACAUUCAGCACCCACACACAUUCAGCACCCACACACAUUCAGCACCCACACACAUUCAGCACCCACACACACACACAGCACCCUCACACACACACAGCACACUAACAGUACCCUAACAAACACACACACAGCACACUACCAGUACCCUCACACACAAACAGCACCCUCACACACAGUACAUUAACAGCAUCCUCACAAGUACGCACACACAAACACCCUCACCCACAUAGCACACUACCAGCACCGUCACACACACAUCACACUAACAGCACCCUCACACAGAACACACGCACACAGCAGUGUGUGUAUGUGUGUAUAUAUGUGUAUAUGUAUGUAUGUAUAUAUAUAUAUAUAUAUAUAUAUAUAUAUAUAUAUAUAUAUGCGGCGUGUGCUUGUGCUUUAGGGUGCACACCCUAAUGCAAUAGGCUGCGCACGCCUAUGUUAAUCAAUAACGUUUGUAUUGAUUAUUUACAAGUACUUGAUGUCAGUGUCUUUCCCUUUCUUAAAUACUCAAUACACUCAUCCCGAAUAGGGUUUUUGUGCCCACCAAUAUCUUUUAAAACCUUAGGGUAAUUGAUUAUUGCUUUUUGAUAUUGGUGCUUCAUGAAUUUAAUGAUUAGGCACAACACCAUGGCACUACUGUAAAAAGGGUGUCCACUAUUAUUGGCUUACAUACCUUGUGGACAAUAUUUCUGAAAAUAAAUUGUGGAGAUUCAAUUGCAUUGUUUUGUUAGAUCUAUAAUCUGAUGGUGCCAUAUUUUUGCAGUUUGAUCUGAUAAAUUUACAUAAUGUUUCCUAGUUUGUAGAAGACUACGAACCAACCAAAGCUGACAGCUACAGGAAAAAGGUUGUGCUGGAUGGAGUAGAGGUCCAGAUUGACAUCCUUGACACAGCUGGACAGGAGGACUAUGCAGCAAUUAGAGAUAAUUACUUCCGUAGUGGAGAAGGCUUUCUCUGUGUCUUCUCUAUCACAGAGCAGGAAUCUUUUGCAGCUACAGCAGACUUCAGGUGAGGACACAGAUGGUUUGAAAGUUAUGUGCUGUGGUUUUAAAAGGAAAAAAAAUACACUAUUUUGUGAAAAUGGAACCAAACAUAUGGAUAUGUCGGUUAUCAAUUAAAAAGGAAACUAUUGACACAAAGCAGCUUUUUCCAAGCUCAGAAACAAUUCUACAAACAACAAAUGCUGCGUGUGCAAAAUGUGAUGCAAGCAUGCUUGUAGAAGGUAAUAUUCCAACUACCUGCUUUUAUUCCAACCUGUCAUAUGAAUACAAAGGGACACUAUAGGCACCAGAGCAACGUUGGCAUAAUGAAGCGGUUUUGGUGUAUAGAUCAUGUCCAUGCAGUUAUACCACUCAACUUUCUGACAUUUAGGUGUUAAAUCACUUUAUUACACAGUCAUAGUCACACCUACCUGAAUGUGACUUACACAGCCUUCCUAAACCUUUCCUGUAGUUUUAUCUUUCUAUAUUGUACAUUCUGUUUAAAUUAGAAUGUCUUAUCUCCUGUUUUUAACAGCCUUCUAAAUCCUCCUGUGUGUGAUUAUAAAUAAAUUUAUAAAGCUGGAGAUACAGACUUCUAAAUCAAGUAAACCUCUUUUUGAAAAUUAAUAAUUCUUUAGGUAGGGCUGCAUGGGCAGAAACAAAAGUGAUUUAACUCCUGAAUGGCAGAGAAUUGAGCAGUGAGACUGCAGGGACAUGAUCUAUUCACCAAAACUGCUUCAUUAAGCUAAAGUUGUUUUGAUGUCUAUAGUGUCCAUUUAAAGGACCACUAUAGUGCCAGGAAAACAUACUCGUUUUCCUGGCACUAUAGUGCCCUGAGGGUGCCCCCACCCUCAGGGACCCCCUCCCGCCCGGCUCUGGAAGGGGGAAAGGGUUAAAAACUUACCUUUUUCCAGCGCUGGGUGGAGAGCUCUCUGCCUCCUCUCCUCCUCCGUUACGCCCGCCAGCUGAAUGCGCGGCAAGGCUUCGCAUUCAACUCUGAGAAGCAUGCGCCUAGUGGCUGUCAAUGAGACAGCCACUAGAGGGAAUAGGGGGAAGGCUUAACCCAUUAAUAAACAUAGCAGUUUCUCUGAAACUGCUAUGUUUAUUAAAAAAUGGGUUAACCCUAGAAGGACCAGGCACCCAGACCACUUCAUUAAGCUGAAGUGGUCUGGGUGCCUAGAGUGGUCCUUCAAUUUGAUCUGGCACCCUGUGAGUAAGUAAAAACAUGUGCUCAACACACCUACAACUAUCCCUAUCUAUCCAUUACUUAUCUUAAUGGAUGGGGCAAAAAGUUGAAAGAUCCAGGUUUUCAAAUUACCAAAAUUGGUUAGCGGAAGCAGGGGAAUGAAUGAAUUUUUUUUUUACAGGAUUGUGUAGAGUGUGGGUUUCUUUUCUUUUUUUUUUUUAAAUUCUUUAUUUUUGUAGUGCGUACAAAUAUAACAAUUGCUUAGGAGGUACCCCAAAGGCAUUCCUCUAGCGCAGUAUGUACAGUGUAAACAUACGGGUAGACAGUAGAUAUCACACAGUUUUGUUUUUUGGGUAAGGAGAUAGAUGGUAUAGGUUUACAGUGCCUAGGUUCAGAAAGCAGCUUUCCUUUUGUUUAUCUAAGACAAUAAGUAUUUACAAGGGUUUCGUUGCAAAGUCUGGCAUUUUAAACAGUACUAGUUUGUUCAGACCCUGAAAAAGACAGGUUAUGAGGCUUCAACAGUUGGCAAUAAACACGCUAGACUGGAUCUCUAUGUGACAACUCUAUCUACGCUUAAGUUUAUAUCAUGGUAUUGAGAGAACAAUUUACUAAAAUGGUGGUUAACUGUGAACGUGGUGCUGCAUGUCCCGUAACCUAGUGCACAGGGAUUCUGUAAGGUAAGUUUUACCCGCUACAACAAUCCUGCUUGAUCUGGCGAUGUGUCGCCAUGAGUCCCACUAAGGUGAUAAGUUGCAUGUAAUUAUCUUGGUGUUCCAUAACAUGUUCUACUCUGCUUGGUGUACUAUGGUUGCUUAUUUCGUGUGAGUAGGUCUUAGCGGAAGCCAUGGAGCCACGGGUUCUCACCACACUACUCGCCAGUUAUAUGCAUUCUUAACCCCUUGAGGACUCCAUUUCAGAAAUAAAAUUGAAUCGUGACUGAAUAUUUCCGUCAUGUGUCCUUAAAGGACCACUCUAGGCACCCAGACCACUUCAGCUUAAUGCGGUGGUCUGGGUGCCUGGUCCAGCUAAGGUUAAUCCAUUUUUUCAUAAACAUAGCAGUUUCAGAGAAACUGCUAUGUUUAUGAAUGGGUUAAGCCUUCCCCUAUUUCCUCUAGUGGCUGUCUCAUUGACAGCCGCUAGAGGCGCUUGCGUGAUUCUCACUGUGAAAAUCACAGUGAGAGCACGCAAGCGUCCAUAGGAAAGCAUUGAUAAUGCUUUCCUAUGUGACCGGCUGAAUGCGCACGCAGCUCUUGCCUUGCGUGCGCAUUCAGCCGACGGGGAGGAGAAGAGGAGGAUCGGAGGAGGAGAGCUCCCCGCCCAGCACUGGAAAAAGGUAAGUUUUAACCCCUUUCCCCCUUCCAGAGCCGGGCGGGAGGGGGACCCUGAGGGUGGGGGCACCCUCAGGGCGCUAUAGAUCCAGGAAAACGAGUAUGUUUUCCUGGCACUAUAGUGGUCCUUUAAGGGGUUAAAGGAAAUAUUUUUGGGGGAAAAAAUAUUCAGGAUGCUACAAUCCUAUUUAAAAUGUGUAAAGUGCUUCAGUUUAGCUGUAAGAUACUACUUUCGGUAUAAAUUGAGUUUAUUCAGAGUCCAGUAGAAAAGUUAUGUAUAUUUCAUUAAGAGCAGGGAUUCUGUGGGGAGCAAGAGACACAAAGGGGAGAGCAGAAUGUAUUGUCUUUGAUUAAUCAGUUUAAGUACUUCUGUAGAUAUUCAAAUAUAAAUAUCCCAGGAAUAUUACCCUGCCAUCAUAAUUAUUUUCCAUAAUGAUAUAAAAACUUGUUUUUAAAAAAAUUAUUGUUUUAUAACACUCACAUUGACUUGAUUUAUGUUUUAUAUUGAAUUAUGUUUUAGUUGGCUUAAUUCCAUAACAUGGUAUUGUAUGACUCUAGUCGUGCAGUAUCUGUGCGGACAUUCCUGUUACUACUGUUAUUCUCGUCUUGUUAGAACAUGACACUCUCCUUUUGGGGACUUGUGACAAAGUAAAGACCUGUACAAUAUAGGAAAUGAGAAAUAUUUUCGUGUUUACCUCUAAUUUUUUAGAGCCCUUUUGACUGUAGUAUGUUAUCUCCUAUAGGGAACAGAUUUUACGAGUGAAGGAAGAGGAGAAUGUUCCUUUCCUGCUGGUUGGUAACAAAUCAGAUCUUGAAGAUAAAAGGCAAGUCUCUGUGGAUGAGGCAAAAAAUAGAGCUGAUCAGUGGAGUGUUAACUAUGUGGAGACGUCUGCAAAGACACGGGCUAAUGUUGACAAGGUACUAGUAUGUUUGUUUAUUUUUUAACAUUAAUUGCUUGCAUUUAGAAGAAAAAAAAAAAAUUACCUAGGCAGACUUUUACAUUUUAUAAAUUAUCUGUGUGUUGCUGCCCUCUAGUGGUGAGAUUAUACAUAAUCUUUGGUUGGUGGUAGUACUGCCGUUUGUCACACUAGUUGAUCUCACUUGAAGUACAUAGCUUAAAGUUUAUCUGUCACUUUUAAGUAUUUCAUUAAGAUAUAAUCUUUAUGAAAUACUGAUUGAGACUGCUUUAGAAUUCUACUGAAAUUCCAAUGCAAUCCAGGGAUACCGUAUGAGAAAGUAGGGACUUGUCUUAAAGUAAACCCUGAGAUUGACAAAAGGAGGAGCACUCCUCCUGUCCAAUCCCAGCAUCUGUCACAAAUGACAGCUGUGGGAUUUAGGUAUUGUCUAUGAAAGAUCCCUAGAUCCUCCAUAAACCUCAGUGCUAUACACGCGUGCACGUGCAAGAGUACAGCACCAGGAACCAAAGAGACCUGCAUCAUGAUGAUAGAAACGGCCGCAAAGGACAGUCGGUGGUAGCUAAAACUCUCCUUCCAUGCCCCCUACGGCAACAUUGAUGAAUGCAACGCUGUUCAAAGAUAGAUCUCUGCAUGUUGAAGAUGAUUUGUAAGGCCGCACAAAUAACUUUUUAUGUCUGACUCUGGAGACCUUCUCUUCUGAAAGAUACUAAUACAUGACUAGAGAAUAAAAAAAAAAAAGAAAGAAGACUAUUAGAAUGUACUUACUCCUUUCACUGUAGGUUCUAGAUCUGCUAAUCAAAAGCCCCUAGGUCUAAUGUUUGUGGUUUGUUAAAUUUGUGGUGGUUUUUUUUUUUUUUAUUAAAGAAAUUAAAUAGUAAUAACCGUAAGCUAAAGAAUGCCUACACAAUAUGGAGUGAGGGGGGGAUAGGACACAUAAAUAACAUGAACAGAGUAUGUAAGGCUCCUAAUAAUAAGCAUGUCAAAAUAAAUGAAAGGAAAUCUGCAUACAAGGAAGAUGGUCAGACCUGUGUGCCAAGAUGCAAAUUCAAUCUUGGUAAAGAUUUGGGAAUGUCAUGACCAACUUCCAUAGAGACAAAGAAAUUAAGGAAAGUUGCGUUGUUCACGUUAUCUUUGUUGGUAGAGAAUUCAUAUAUUCAUACCGUAAAUUCCUUUUUUCUUAGUAUAGUGGCAGUACUUACAAGUGGGAUGUUCCUUCUGGUUUUGGACAAGAAGCUCCCUCUUCUUUGAAGAUAAUUGUUGUGCUUGCAAAAGUUAUUUAAUCCAUAUAAAAGUGGAGGGAAAGCCAGUACUGCCACUAUACUAAGAAAAAAGUAAUUUACGGUAAGUAAAAUUACUGUUUUUCCUCUCGUAUAGUGGCAGUACUUACAAGUGGGAUAUAGCAAGAUCCCUGCAAACAAAACAAAAGGGUGGGGACUCAGAAGGCCACUGCCUGUAGCACCUUACACCCAGAAGCAGCUUCAGAGGAUGAGAAUAUGUUUAAUAAAGUUAUGCAACGAUGACCAAGUAGCUGCUUUGCAGAUGUCUUCAGGUGAGGCAGCUGCUCUUCCAGCCCAGGAGGUUGCCAUAGCCCUAGUGGAAUGAGCCUUUAAAGGAAAUCUAAGUGGAAUCCCUUUGGAUUGAUAAGCCAACCUGAUGGUAUUGGUCAGCCAUCUGGCUAAUGAGGGUCUGGAGACAGCACAACCCUUGUUAGCGCCUUGAAAGGAGACAAAGAGAUGAUCUGAGGUCCUAAACCCCUGAGUCUUCUGAAGGUAGACCUUCAGGGCUCUUAUAACAUCAAGGAGAUGCCACUUUCUUUCAAGAUCAGAUGCAGGAGACUGGUAAAAAGCAGGCGGAAUAAUAGGUUGGUUCAUAGAAGCACUUGAGAUAACCUUGGGCAAAAAGAAGGCCUGGGGUGCAGGACAACUUUAUCUUGAUGAAAAACGGUGAACUCAGGAGAGGAAGAUAGAGCACGGAUCUCACCUAUCCUCCUAGCUGUGGUGAUAGCCACCAGGAAUGCCGUCUUGAAGGUAAGCAGCUGAAUGGGAACCUCCAGUAAUGGUUCAAAUGGUGGUUCACAAAGGGCUUGAAGCACCAAGGACAAAUCCCAGGUAGUAAAAGGGAUUAACUUGGGAGGCCUCUUCAGCCGUAUGGACUUAACAAACCUUCGGAUAAGCAAGUCUGAGGCAAUGUCACGAACCAGGAAGUGACUUAGAGCUGGAAUCUGGCCUUUGAGAGUAGAGACCCCUAGGCCAGCUUCAAACCCAUCCUGCAAAAAAGUAUAUCCGGGACUGAUGCUUUGGCAGGAUCCGAAACUCGAACGGAACACCGGGCUCUGAACUUCAUCCAAACCCUGAAAUAGAUUCUUGUUGUGGACAAGCGGAAUGAAGACAGCAGAACGUCACAUAAGCAGUCUGAAAGACCAUGUCCUUGGAGGAUCAACCUUGCAGCAACCAUGCUGUCAGGUGGAACAUUUCCAGAGUUUCUACGGGAAGAGUCACACGCUCUAUCAUGUUGGAAGAGAUUGGGAGCGACCAAUGUGAGAUGAUCAUGUUUUCCACUUCUGAAAACCAACUCCUGUUCGGCCAGAAGGGCAGGACAGCUAGAAUUUUUGCCUUCUCCCAACUUAUCUUCUGAGCAAUUCGUGGAAUAAGAGCUAUUGGAGGGAAAACAUAAGCCAUGUCGAAGUUCUAAGUGAUCGAUAGACGUCUAAAAAAUCUGGGUAAUCUCUUGCUUGGAGAGAAGCAAAUCUCUGCACUUUUCUGUUUCUCCUUGUGGCCAUAAGGUCUAUAUCCGGCCUGCCGAAGCAGAUAACCAGCUCCAAGAAAACUUGGUUUGAUAGUGACCAGUCUGCCUGAGACCAAUGACUCUUGCUGAGGUUGUCUGCAAUUACAUUUAGAGACCCUCUGAUAUGGGUAGCUGAGAUUGCGAGAAGUUUCGCUUGGGCCCAAGACAUGAUGCGAUAGCAGAGGUCUUGUAGAGUUUUCACCCUUGUGCCUCCUUGGUGAUUUAAAUAAGCCACUGUAGUGGUGUUGUCCGACUGAAUUCUCACUGCCUUAUUGGUGAUGACUGAACUGAAGGUUUUUUUGUGCCUUCCAUACCGCUUUCAACUCCCUGAAGUUUGAGGAAGCGUAUGCCUCUUCCCUGUUCCAAAGAGAUUGAUGGAACUGAGAUCCUAGAUGGGUGCCCCAACCAGUCUGGGAAGCAUCUGUGGUUAUUAUAAUCCAUUGUUUUUGUGCAAAUGAGAGGCCUUUUGAAAUGUUGCCUCUUUCUUUCCACCAGUUCAGUUGUUUUUUCACCACUUCGGAUAGGUGAAAGGCAGAGUCUAGAUCCUCCUGCCUUUUUGACCAUUGUGAAAGCAUGUCCCAAUUGCAAUGGUUUUGAUUCUGCCUUUGCCCAAUCCACUGCUGGGAUUGCAGAAGUGAGGAGGCUCAGUAACCUCAAAGAAUCCUUGAUGGAGCUUGGGUUUUUCUGCAGACUUGACACAGCUUUGAAAAUCCUUCUUUGUUUCUCUAUUGGAAGAAAAAGAGACAGGGACUGUGAUUCCACCCGAAGACCCAAGAAUUCCAGACUCCGUGAAGGAAUCAACUUAAAUUUUUAUAGGUUUAGGAGCCAACCAUGUUUUUUCAAAACCUUCAUAGCGAUCUUGAGAUGAUAUGUUAGAAGUUGUUCUGAUUGGGCUUUCAAGAACCAAUCGUCCAGGUACGGAACAAUCAAGAUACCUUUUAGGCGUAAAGCUGCUGCUAUGGGUGCCAGAAUUUUCGUAAAUACCCGAGGAGCCGAUGACAGGCCAAAGGGUAGAGCCUUGAAUUGAAAAUGGAGAAUUCUUUGCCUUCCUGUCAAGACUGCUAAUCUGAGGAACUUCCAGGAAGAUUCUGAUACUGGAACAUGGAGGUAAGCAUCUUUUCGAUCUAACUUUGCCAUGUAAUCCCCUUUGUGUAAGAUGUGUGACAGACAGAAUAUUCUCCAUACGAAACCUCUGAUACGGUAUGCAGGUGUUGACCUGUUUUAGGUCUAGGAUAAGCCGAAAGGAUCAGUCUGGUUUUUGAACCAGGAACAGGCGGGAGUACACUCCCUGAAAUACCCAUCGUUUGGGUACCUUUUCUACUACAUCUUUCCUUAAAAGGAUAAGGGCUUCUGUUAGGAGUGCCUCUGAUUUCUUUCUUGAUGGAUAGCUUGACAGUAGGAAGGAUGGUUGUGGCAUUGCGGAAAACUUGAUUCUGUAACCUUCUGAAACUGUUCUUAGAAUCCACCCGUUUGAUGUACUCUUUUCCCAUUUGUGGGCGAAGAACUGAAGGCGUCCUACUCUUCUGGCGUCAAAAUUUUAUUUUUGUCUUGCCUGUUGGAAUCCUGUCUAGACCACUGACUGCUGUUUUCAGCAUGUUUUUGAAAUCUUUGAAAACGCCCCUGGUAACGAAAGAAACACUGACUCUUGAACUGAUAUCUUUUAUAUCUCCGGGGUCUUGAUUCCAGAGAUAGAGCUUUCUUUGUUUCCGACAUUUGUCCAAUAAUGUCUUCCAAAGACGUGCCAAAAAGUUUGUUCCUCUCAAAGGGUAAUUCACACAAGGCUGCCUUAGAAGCUGAAUCAGCGGUCCAUGUUCAAAACCAUAGUGCUCUUCUGGCCACUGAUGACAUACCCAUAAUUCUUGCUGAUAAACGAAGAAUCUCAUCAGAGGCAUCCGAAAGAAAUAAGUUAGAUAAUUUCAGGAGGAACAUCAGCUGGGCAGGGUCGGUAUCGGACUUUCCCAUAAGAGACUCUACCAGGGCUUGGAGGCAAAGGCUCUGUGCCCUGAGAAGCGCUGAACCUGCUAUUUCGGCUCUGCACUGGUAGCCUACGGCUUGGAAGAUUCUUCUACACAAAAUUUUGGCUUGUUUAUCCAUUGGGUCUUUAAGUCCCGAGACCUCGCCAAUGGGUAUAGUGGUCUUCUAGUGACAGCUGGGCUAUCUGAAUAUCUACCUUGGGAAGAUCCUCCCAUUUCUCUUCAGACUGUAGUUUGAACAGAAGUUUAAAAUGUUUUGAAAUAAAUGCACGUCUUUCAGGAUUCUUCUAUUCUCUAUGAAGGUAGAUCCAUUAUCUUACGGGGCAUCGGGAAACCUUUAACCUUACCCUUGGUAGGUUCUGGUUCUCGUACAGCUGUCGCCACUUCUUUAAUAAAUUUUUUUAAGCUCUUCUGGUGGAAAACCCUCUUCCACACUUGAAGCUAGGCUGGAAAUAUCAGACUGAGAAUUCUCCUGAAGAAAUAUCAGACUGAGAAGGAGAUCUAUUUCUCCUACGUUUCGUAGGUUGCUUCUCUCUUUCUUUACAGCAUCUUUAAAAGAUUCAAAUGUCUGGGACACAUUUUCCUGCAUAGGAAGGAUGACAUAUGUCUGCUUGGCUUUUUCUAGCAAUUCUGUAGAGCACUGAUUGCAUGUCUUUUUGCGACAUCCGUCAGGUAGAGGCACAGCACAUUCCAGACAACAUAAGUGCUUAGAUUUGCUUGUGGCUUUUUUAGGAACAGAUGCUGACAUCUUCUCUUUAUCUGCCUUAUCCAGAGACAUAGGACUGGACAUAUCUGGGGAAAAAGGAAAAAACACCAGUAAUUAUAUAUAGGAGCAGCAAUAGUGAUCGGUGACAAAAGGAGAGUUUAAAGAGUUCAAUCUCACCUCAAACCACCUUAGAACUGUGUAGGAGGGCUGGUGACACAGAAUACCAGGACUGUAGACCCACCCUUGGGGUCAGAAAGGUCCUGCACAGCUUUAUAUGCCACCAAAUUUUGAAUUUGGCACCAAAAAAUGCAAACACAGUUUCGCUCAUGCACAGUAGCGCGAUUCAGUGAUCGGUGGAACCCACCGCCUCCCAGGUGUGCGUUCCACCGCUGUGCGCAUGCUUAUUGCUCCAUGGUGGGAGGUCCACCCAGGAACUCCCAGAGACGCCACAAAUAGCGAGGUAUCCGGCGCGUUCCGUAACGCGAACCCAGAAGUACUGUUGCCGCUCAGUUCCCGCCCGGGGAGCUAUCGGGCACUCACCUCCCCGGUCAGCAACCUGUGCUGACCGCACCAUUCUCUACCUGGACCCUUGGGGAACUUGUCCAUUCCGUUGCCGGGACAAGAAGAACUGGAGUUGUAUUCUGGCUCUCAGGUUAUAUGGAGGCAGCAGACGGAGCACAACAAUUAUCUUCAAAGAAGGGGGAGCUUCUUGUCCAAAACCGUAAGGAACAUCCCACUUGUAAGUACUGCCACUAUACGAGAGGAAAAGAUUGAAGGAACACUAUAGUCACCUAAAUUACUUUAGCUAAAUAAAACAGUUUUAGUGUAUAGAUCAUUCCCUUGUAAUUUCACUGUCAUUUAGGAGUAAAAUCAUUUUGUUUCUGUUUAUGCAGCCCUAGCCACACCUCCCCUGGCUAUGAUUGACAGAGCCUGCAUGAAAAAACAAACUGGUUUCACUUUCAAACAGAUGUAAUUUACCUUAAAUAAUUGUAUCUCAAGCUCUAAAUUGAACUUUAAUCACAUACAGGAGGCUCUUGCAGGGUCUAGCAAGCUAUUAACAUAUCAGGGGAUAAGAAAAUCUUAAACAGACCUUGCAAUAAAAGCCUAAAUAGGGCUCUCUUUACAGGAAGUGUUUAUGGAAGGCUGUGCAAGUCACAUGCAGGGAGGUGUGACUAGGGUUCACAAACAAAGGGAUUUAACUCCUAAAUGGCAGAGGAUUGAGCAGUGAGAUUGCAGGGACAUGUUCUAUACACCAAAACUGCUUUAUUAAGCUAAAGUUGUUCAGGUGACUAUAGUGUCCCUUUAACCAGGGCCACUGAUGGCUCCUUAAAUUUUAGUUUCCACAUAAUAGUGGGAUGACCAAGUCUUGACUCUUUUGGCAAGGCAUUUAAUGAAGUUACAUCUAGGUCUGCCUCCAUUUUACAUUACUUUCCAUUGCACAGCCGUAUUUAAAAUUGCAGUGAUUAUGGUUUAUAUGCAACAAAAGGUCAGAGAGAGUUAAAUCUCUGCCCAAAUAAACCCCCCUAUUAAAAAAAAAAAGGAAUCUUCUAACUACACAAAUAUUUUUAUUUAUUUUAAUAUACUCCCCCCCCCUUUUAAAAAUAAUAAAAAAAAAAAGUGUAAAAAUACAAGUUCUAUUUACCUGUAAUACAGCACAGAGAGACUUUUAUGCAACAAAAUCCACCCAGACUGGACAUGCAGCACAUGCGCUGAAAACCGUGAUCUUGAAAUUCAAUGCUUCUCUAUUAGAAUACAAUUGUAGAUUAUGCUAGCUUUAGUGUACCUAUAAUCUUAAUUUUAUUAGUGACAGGAGGUGAGUAUUUUGCUUAAGUCUUUCUUUCUUGACUUAAGUUCACAGCAUCACUUUUUAAAAUAGAAACAGGAUAACCAAUCAGAAAAAAGGUAACCAGGUAUAAAACUCCCUCCCCGUGAUGUCCCUUCCUUUUUUUGACUACAAAACGAACAGGGAAACCGUAGAUGAACCAGAUGAGAAUCUUAGCAUAUCAGUCGAAGAGAGUUCAUGCUUGAGAAGGGAGUUCAUGCUUGAGGGAGCUUUACACUGAAACGAGAGAGCAGAGUCGAAACAGAGGAUUUAGCCAUGAAUUGGACUUCUAAAAACAUGCCACCAAGUUGUAUCAAUCCAUAUACUGAAGCAUGCAUGGAACAUCAUAUCUACCCUUCCACCCAUAGAGAGUAUCCCCUAGUAAUACAGUUAAAUAAGACAUAUGUAUUUACCCUUGUCUAGAUUAAACUUACCUAAAGAGGCGACAAACUAGGGGGGGGGAGGGGGGAAUAAAGGGUGGGAAAAUACUCUCCUCCUGUCAUAAAUAAAAUUAAGAUUAUAGGUACACUAAAACUAGCAUAAUCUACAAUUUUAUAACAUGACAGGAGGUUUCGUAUUUUGCUGUUUUAACGCUCCCUGAGUAGGGCUAAUGAAGUGUGUACAGCCGGACGGAAAUAGAAAUUGCAAAACGUCUGUUCCCUGGACCAGUCUGCUGAGUGAAUAAUGUCCCGAAGAGAAGCUCCAGUGGUGAUCGCUCCUGAUGCCGCCGCUUCUCUGAUGGAGUGGGCUCCGAAAGAGGGUUUUAUCCCUGCCAGGGAAAGUAACCAUCUAACCCAACGGGCAAGAGUCGUGGUUGACACUGUGUUAUGUGGUUGGACGUAUGAAAUCAAUAGUUGGCUGGAUGAGGAUGAACAGAGAGUGGAGGUGAGCAAUAGAUAACGAGAGAGAACCGAGACCACACAUAAUCUUGGAUGGUUAGGAAAAUAAGGAUAAAACACAGUAGAAGUGUUCGAUUUAGUCCGUCUGGACAGGGUAAAGGUAACCCCUUCUGGGGAAAAUGUGAUGGCGUCGUGGUCAAACUCUCGAACAGACACUCGGCAGAAAGACACUAAGCAAAGUAACAGGGUGAACUUUGCCGAGAGUUGGUGUAGAGAGAUCCUCGUUGCUCGGCCAAGCUUGUAGAAAACGGAUCAUGACAUUAACGUCCCGUAGGUGGGAGUACUUUGGUCCUGGGCGAGUCAGUUUAAUGCCUCGUAAGAGUCUACAAACCAGUGGGUCCUGGCCAGCUGGAACGCUGUGUAGAGGAACAUGGGCUGCCGAGAUGGCCGUUCGGGCAACUUUGAUGGACCGGUAGGACCGGCUGAGGUCAAAGAGAUGUGAGAGGAAAUUUAAGAUGAACUCUCUAGGGGCUGUAAGGGGAUCGGUACCCUGUUCCAGGCACCAAUUGCACCAAGAGUUCCAGGAGGAAAGGUAGCAUCUUCUUGUUCCAGGGGCCCAAGAAUCCCAGAGGAGUUCCUUAGAUCUCUGCAAUCUCCGAAAUUCUGGGCCCCCCUGAAAGAGUCCAAGCCACCAAGUGGAGAUGGCCUUGUAUUAUCAUCGAAUGAGGGAGCCCCUGUGGGGUUGGGCCAUGGAGGUAGAAGGAGAGGAUGUUGGCAGGAGAGGUCCAGAAGCUCCGGAAACCAUGCUUGGCCCCCGCCAGAGCAGGGUGAGAAGUAAAGCGUGACUAAUUGUCUGCGAAUUUGGAGAAGGAUUCUUGGGAUCAUUGCGAAUGGAGGAAAGGCAUAGGCCCCCGUCGUCCGCCAUCUCUGUAGAAAGGCAUCCACUGCAGAUCACUCUGGGUCUGGUAGCCAGCUGAAGAACUGCGGGACUUGAAAGUUCGGGAUGCGAACAGGUCCAGAACAAAUGGGCCCCUGUGUCUCGAGAUGCGAAAGAAAACUGAUCUGUGCAGGCGCCAGUCGCCGCCAUCUCUCCAAUAUCGGGAGAACCAAUCUGCUGUGAUGUUCGCCCCCCCAGAAGGUAUUCCGCUCGAAGUGUGAUGUUGCACUGAAAACAAAAAUUGUAGAUGUCCUUUGUCACUUCGGAGAGGGUGCGAGACCUGGCCCCACCCAAUCUGUUGAUGCAUUGGAUGGCUGAGAUAUUGUCCAUCCAAAGGAGAAUACAGCAGUCCGAGAGGUGAUUGGCCAGGCUGCGGAUUGCGAAAGAGCCUGCGAUUAACUCCAGACAAUUGAUGUGGAGUGAGUAUUCUGCGGCUGUCCAUGGUCCUCCAGUGGAGGUCGUGUGACAAGUUGCACCCCAGCCCCGAAGGCUCGCAUCUGAUUCCACCACGAAGUCCGGGGUGGGGACGAAAAUUGCUUUUCCAUUCCAAGCAGACCUGUGGAGGAGCCACCAGCGGAGUUCCUCCCUUACCUCGGUGGUGAUCGGGACUCUCUGGUCGUAUGAUGAGUGGGUUUGGAGAAAUUGAGCUUUCAAGUGUUGCAUGGCCCGAUAGUGUAGGGGUCCUUGGUAGAUUGCCUGGAUGGAAGCGGAGAGGAGGCCCACGAUCCAAGCUAAACCUCUGUGAAGUCUGUCUACUUGUCGUAGCGUCUUGCGUAGUUCUUUCCUGAUUGCCGAUAAUUUGGAUUGAGGCAGACGGAGAACACAAGUGGAAGAGUCGAUCUCGAAGCCGAGGAACUGGACCGUUUGGGAUGGAGUCGACUUCUCCUGGUUGAUAACAAACCCUAAGGAUUCGAGCAAUGAGUAUGUGUAGUCCGUCUGAGAUCGUAGUCUGGAUUCGUCUUCGCAGAGUAGUAUGAGAUUGUCGAGGUAGAUUAAGCAGCGUAUGCCUCUGGCUUGAAGAUGUGCGGUGACCGUCUUGAGCAGUUUGGUGAAGCACCAUGGAGCUGAACUGAGGCCGAAUGGCAGGCAGGUGAAUUGGAAGGUCCAGUGAUUCCAAAGGAAGCGGAGAAAGCGUCGACUGGUUGGAUGCACUGACAGAGAGAGAAAUGCAUCCUUCAGGUCGAGUCGGGUGAACCAAUCGCCUUGUCGAAGUAUGUCUCGGAGGAGGUGUAUGUCUUCCAUUUUGAAGUGUCUGUAUACCACAAUGGUAUUCAAUUGGCAAAGGUUGAUGACCGUACGGAGUUCCCCUGAUUUCUUCCUGACCAAGAUGAUAGAACUGAGAAAACCCUCGUCGUGGUGGGCAAGUUAAAUCGCUCCUUUUGCGAGUAGGGAUCGUAGUUCUGAAUCGAGGAGAAGAGUUUGAAACUUUGACAUUAUUGGGUAAUGAGGGUAACCUGUUUGAAUGGGGAGAAAAUAAAACUCUAUGGAAUAACCCCGAACUGUGUUUAGAACCCAGGUAUCUGAAGACAGUCUUCCACAUGUCUACACAAUGUAACAAUCUGCCGGCAUGAUAUACAGUAGAAAGGUGAAAGGUAGAAAAUCUCACCUGUCGGGCUCUGCUUUUUUCUCUUCCUCUAUCCGACCUUUGGGUGUAGAAGCCCCUUGACUGAUAGUUGGGGAAGAAUGGUGAAAUGAGGGGUCGCUGGUGUUGGCCUGUGGACCAGAAACAGCUGGCUGUACGGCCAGCCCUGCCAAAAACCCAUGAGGGUUGUUGAUGAAAUGCUCUUUUCAUGGAUGUCUGCGCCUUGUUCAGUGUGGCGUAUAGGUUCACAUGUUUAUUUAACUCUUUAAUAUAGGGUUCUGCAAGUAAUAGACCCUUGGCUUUGGGGCUGAAUUCUUUGGCUCCCAAGUCGGAUAGUUUUGCAUCCAUGCGCAGCAGCACUGCUUUUCUACGCUCUGUACAGAGAGAUGUAUUUGCAUUGCCCAGCAGGCAUAUGGAGCAUAGUGCCCAUUCUCUGAUCACAGAUGGGUCCAAUGGUCCCUCUUGAGAGAGGGCUUAAUCAGCCAGUAACAGAAUUUUUGCCAGGGGCCCCAGGAUAUCCAACAUUUUGUCCUUGGUGAGGCACAAGCUGAGUUCAGUGCCCUUUUUUGGGUCACGGCCAGUUCUGGCUAGGUAUGUUUAAAGCAGCGUAUCAAAUUCUGGGGUCAUCACCUAAAGAAGGUGAGCAAUUCUGUAUUUUAUUUACAUUGAUCCAUAUCAGUAUCUAAAAUACUACAUUUAGAUUGGGGAUAUCUGUGUCUUUUUUCUAUGCAACGUGGAGAAGAAUUUGCGCUCUUUUCACCUUGAGAGACGGGUCGUGUGAUCUACCCCAAAAAAGACACAGACACCUGGAAGUUUAGAGCCUUAUAACUGUAAAAGGCUCUAAAAAAUGUGAGUUUAUUUCAAUUCAUAAUCUGCAACUAAAGUACUUUAUUAGAUAUUUAUUUAACAUACUACACUAUUAUUUGUACUUUCUCUAUGUUCUCUUUUUUUGGUAUACCAUUAAGAAAACUAAAGCACAACAUAUAGGGUAAGUGCGUGUUUCAGCACUGUUCUCUCACUGGAAAUUUCACCUUAUGUCUUUAUAUUCCGCGCUACACUCAUGAGAAACUGGGGAUCUGGGUGAUACAAAAUAUCAACCUAAAUCCAAAGUUUUAUUUGCCCUAAAUAGAGUCUGUCGGUAAGUGGGAAAACUUAGGGGAAACGAUGAUAUUUUAAAUGCCGCGAUUAGCGCUGGAGACUGAAAAAAUAGCCGCCGCACGGCCAGUGUAUGCGCAGAUCGCGGCUCCGAGAAAAUGGCCACCGCGAUCUUGCCUGAGCGGGAAAAACGUCCGCCGUGCGCGUCAAGGGCCGUCAGAGGCAUUCUCCAUGGCCCAGAAAGCCCGGGAAAAACGGGGCAAAGAUUGCCAGCCGUCACCCAGGCUAAAAAAGGCACAAAAACAUAUAAGAAAUAAAAUACAGAGAAGUAUAGGAAAAUAUAUAAAUAGGAAAGAAGGUUGUAAAAAGAUACAAAUGGGAGAAAAAGAGACAGGAAUAAAAGCUGUGGAGAAAAUAUAGUGAAAAUAAAAGAUAAACCCCAGCAAGAAUAUAAGACAAUGUAUAAUAACAAUAAAAAUGGAAAUAAAAAACAAAGAAUGUAAAGUUAAAAUGAAACCACAGAAACCCACAGAGAGUAAGAGAAGGUGGCACUGUGACCUGUACUGAUGUGAAGCAGCAAAGAAAGAGGAUAUGACAUCACGGUUACCUUUUACCUUUUUUCUGAUUGGUUAUCCUUUUUCUAUGUUAAAAAGUGCUGCUGUGAAGCUUAAGUAAAGAAAGACUUAAGCAAAAUACGAAGCCUCCUGUCAGGUUAUAAAAUUACUUUUCAUGCUGUCACAGAUUUUGAAGUAAAUAUUGAAAACUCAACACAGAGUUCUAUAUGCUUUUGAAACUGUACAAAAGUGUAUGAAAACUGGGGGUUGCACCUACAUGUGGCAUGCAAUAAAGGUUUUAGAAGAUGCAAUAUAUAAAAUAUAACUUUUAAUGAGAUUCCCCCAGUGAAAUACUCCUAAAGACGUUAGAUGUCGAGAUCAGCCAAAACAUUAAAACCACUGACAGGUGAAGUGAAUAACAUUGAUUAUAUUGUUACAAUGGCACCUGUCAAGGGGUGGGAUAUAUUGGGCAGCAAAUGAGCAUUCAGAUCAUUAAUUUAAUGUGUUGUGCAGGAAAGAUAGGCAAGCGAAAAGAUCUGAGUGAGUUUGACAAAGGCCCAAUAGUGAUGGCUAGACGAUUGAAUUAGAGCAGUGGUGCUCAAAAGGUCAAUCCCCCAGAUGUUUUAAAACUACAGCUUCCAUUAUGGUUUGUCAUUCUAAAGGCAUGCAAAGCAUUAUGAGAAUUGUAGUUCCACAACAUCUGGGUAUCUACCUUUAGUGCCCACAGGAUGCAAUAUGGGGAAGAGAUGACAACAGGAUGCAAUAUGGGGAAAAAGGCAGGCCUGCAGAGGCAGUGUUAUGCUCUGGGCAACGUUCUGCUGGAAAACCUUGGGUUCUGCCAUUAAUGUGGAUGUUACUUUGACAUGUAUCGCCUACCUAGAGAUUGUUGCUGACCACAUUCACUCUUUCAUGGCAAUUCAGGGGCCUCGUUCAGCAGGAUAAUACACCAUGUUAAUAUAGUAAGGCAUUAUGUAGGGAAGAAUCCCCUCUUUUAUUGUGAGACUGUCAUUCAAAGUUGUUUUAGCUAUUGUAGUCUCAAACAUUUAUUGUAUUGAUUAACUUUAUUUUGGUAAACACAGGUGGAAAUUGCAGGAUGCAUUUCUCAGAAACAGUGCUGCUUCCAUUUAUAAGGCUGCAGAUGAAGUUGUUAUGGUGCUUAAUGUCCCUUUAAAUCUAUGCACAGACAUUGACCAUCUAAGUCACUAUUUAGGACACACUUCUGUUUUUCAAUACCAAUUUAGAUGUCUUUAAACCUUUUUUUUUUUUUUUUUUUAUUGAGGUUUUGUCCCAAUUUAAUAAUUUAGCUAUGCAUCCAGUAGCCUAAUGAAAUAUUUUGCAAAAUCACUGACAUGCUCAGACUAUCACUGCCAUCCAAAUAUGUAUAAAAUUGAUAUUGUUAACAUAGAUGUGGAACUGUUACACAAAGUGCCAAGAGAAUACUUGGUUUUUGGCUGAAACAAUUGAUGGUGGAGCCUACUCACACUAUAACCACUACAACAGCAUGUAGCCAUUACAGGGUAUUGACUGUCCCUUUAAUAGCUUAAUAACCAAUAUUCAUUACCACUCAACUAAUUCAUAUUAAUUAAAAAAUAUAUAUUUUGUUUUGUUUCUUCCAGGUAUUCUUUGACUUAAUGAGAGAAAUCCGAGCCCGCAAGAUGGAAGACAGCAAAGAGAAGAAUGGCAAAAAAAAGCGAAAAAGCUUGGCCAAGAGAAUAAGAGAAAGAUGCUGCAUUUUAUAAUGAAAACUUGCAAAACCACCUCUUCCUUUUUGUCUAAUACUGAUACGAACCAUACGUUGCUAGCAUGCCCUAGGCCCCAGGCAGCACAGGUGACUGGCUGUUCUAUAACAUUUUUUGGAGACAUUAAUUAAACACUGAGAGCAUGAUUUGGACACUUCGCGGCACUGACAUUCAACUUCACAGACAAAAUUAAAAAAAGAAAAAAAAAAUCUGGUUGAAUCAUAUGGAAACAAAAUGUAGUUCCAUUCAUAUAUACUUGCUUAUUUGUACAAUAUUCCUGAAUGUACACAUGUGGAGAGGCGCAGCAAUAGUCUGUGUGUAAGUUUAUACAAAUGCAAACAUUACCUCUCUUGUCUAUUUCCGCUAGCAAAAAAAUCAGUGGUACCCACCCAGUACAACAUGGGUUUAUACCAUGAUCCUGAGCUCGAUACAGACUGACACAAGAUAGCAGUUUGUUUUUUGUUAGUUUUUUUUUUUUUUUUUUGCUGUUGUAAUAGUGAAAAUAACCAUUUUUACACAUCUCAUGUCAUUGUCUAGAAAAUGCCAUGUCCUGUAGUUUUCCCAUUGUACUUAGAAAUCUCUGAAUAUGCCUUAAAGGGGUUAAAGUGGGAAAAAACACAAUGUAAUACUACUGGGCUGUGUAGUCUGUUUAGUGAUCUGUGAAUGUUGCAAAAUGCUGUGCCCUCUGCACGGUUUCGGCUUGGUGCAGACCCAAGAGCACAUCAUUACCUGUGGUUUUGUAAACUUCUCAUUGUGAUUAGUGAGCAUCUACUGUGCGAUGGGAUUGCCCCAUGUUGUUCUCUUCACCGAGUAAAUGUUUCUUAAAAAACUCUAAAGACUGCAUUCUCACAAUGGUUUAACAGAGUACAUUCUUGUGAGGUUUCUGUCUAUUUUACCCAGAAAGCAAGAAGUUUAUUUUUAAAUUCUCAAUUCUAGACUUGUUGACGGGUAGGGUUUGAAUAAACCCUGAUAUCACAUGGAUGGUGUGCCUGUUAACUGUACAUUGUGGUAGAAAUCAUGGCAUCUGAUAUUGGCACAACCUGUGCUAUUCAUUUUCAAUGUCUGUCUUUUUUCUGUUGUACAGACAUUGGAGGAGAUUCAGCCAAGUGUUCUGUUCUAAAAAGUGUUGCACAAAUGUAAGCGUGAUGGAGUCCCCAACGGAGCGUGCUGUUGGUUUCACCGGUUUCCAUUGCAAUUUCUCCCCUUUUAGUUCUUUAGAGCACUUGUUAAAAUUGAACACAUUAGAAAAUCCCUGCUAGUGAUUAUCAAACAUACCUGCUAGUGAUGUUUGGGUAUUGAACUAAUAACUGCAGUCCUCGGUUUCUAGCUCUUCAGCUGUUGUACUAUGCCAUGCUCAUUUACUUCAGCAGCUGCUGAGCUAAAGGUUGCGUGGAUUAAAAAGCAGUGCUAGCUGUUAACCUCUGGCCAGUUCUUAAUAAGAUUUGGAUAACAGCAGGUCUGUAUGCUCUCCCUUCCCUCAUACAAAGCUAAAAGUUGUACUAUCAUGGGAGUAAUAUUGCAGAGCCAUAUUCAGAAAUGAAAUGUUUCACUCUACAGCCAAAUGUGCAAAGAACAUGUUCCCAGUAUGUUUAAUACAAUAUAAUAGAGAUGUGCUUAUUUGUAACCAGUCAUUUUCGGUUUCUGAUGACAGUGUCAUUGAUUACUAGAUACAUGGGUAUUCGCAACUUUGACAUUUUUGAAGCGUAUUCUUGGAGAUUGUGGCACUUGCAGAGAAAUCACCAUGCUUUUCAGUUGGCAAAAAAAAAAAUCUCUGAAUUUCUUUAAAACAAUUCCAUAACAACCAAAUAGCAGCAGGAAAAAUGUCAGUCCUGAGAGUAUAUUGAGGAACCACUAGAAUAUUGAUAGAAUAGGUGUGUGUUUUUUUUUGUUUUGUUUUUUUUGUCCAGGACUAUUGUAUUUUUACUUGGAGAAAACGUUUUACAUGGAAAGAAUUCUCCAACUCACCUUACACACAUCUUGACUAUUUUAGCCAGAAUCAACUCCAUACAAUGUUUUCUGGAGGCCUUAUAGGUGCCUCAAUUAUUUGGAUGUUUAAACACUAAAACACAGGAUAGAAAGUAAGGGGAUUGAUUCACUAAUUAUUUGAAAACGUUGUAGUUUGAUUAUCACUUAACCACAGUGAAUAAAUCCAAUAUGUUUAUACUGCAUUGGCAAGUGCUGUCAUUAAAUUCUAGGAUACCUUACUUCUAAGUAGCCUGCUUACAAUAACCCUGGAAUGAAAAUCCUGACUGUGAAAUGCCGAAUUAUUAGUUUAACUCUGUUAAGUGGUGGGUGAUUUUGUGCACAUUGACUUGUAGGGCUGUUUUUACAUUUAUUUGAAAUUGAGCAGCUUGGUUGUAAUUUAGCAAAGUUUUGACACAUCAAAUUAUUUAGUAAAUAUAUCCCCCUAACAUAUGCCCAAUAAGUGUACAAGCAUCACAAACUCAAAACUUUUUUUUGUUUUGUAGACCAAGAGUUGGACUGGCACACGUUGCUCACACCUAAUCUAGAACAAAUGUUUUCUACCUCCUAACAGAGACCAUGUAAAUGGUACUGGAAUGGGAAAAUGUAGAACUUUGAAUUUCACAUGUACUUGUUAGAUAGUUUUCAGCUUGUAAGAUGAUAACAGGAAAUGACAUUAUCAUACAUCCCAUAUUUACCAGAGGGCACAUUGAUUUAUAUACUGUACUGUGACUGUUCCUUUGUAUUUUUCCAUGGGUUUUCCACUACUAAUGCUUUGAUUUACUUUGCUUUGAUGCUGAUGUGCUGGGUGCAGUGGUAUUAUGAAGCCAUAAGUUUCUAAAUUAUGUGAACAAAGGCUGAUUCCAACACCCAAGUUUAUAAUUUGCAAAUUGAGCCAUUUCAAGUAAAAUAAAGUUCACUUUUGUAAUUUUUGUC